AUGUUGAAGGUGGUUGUGAACAAUGCAAGUAAUCUCCCAAAUGUCGAUAAAUUCAGCGGAAAAAGCGAUCCCUACGUGAUAGUUAGCUUUCAAGGUAAGUGGCAAAAUUUAAAAUUGUUGCCCAGUAGGCUCCAUGUAUAAUUCGAGAAAAAUCAUAUCCCAUUUAGCUAUGGUUGAUUUGCCCUUCGCAAAGUCAUAAAACAGAUCUAGUUUUUGAAGAGAUGCAUGAAAUGUUUUGAUUUAGUAAAGUUGAAAUAAGUUAUGAGGUGACGACAAAAAGGUUUAAAUAUUCCAAAUGCUAUACACGAACGAGGAAAAACAUCUCGUGGUCCAAAAACCUCUGUUUUCGAGUUUCUUUUUUAGGAAGAAAAGAUUAUAGCGCCAGCUUGAUCAGUCGUUUUAAUUCGUUUGUGAUGGUAAAAUCGAACCAACCCAUCUGAUAGUGAAAGUUCUGCGUUCGAAAUGAUCAACAACAUUGUUUGUGUUCACUUUGGGUCGCAAACAGUAGAGUUAAUUUAUCCGAGUGUAGGUCAAAGUCGAGUUGGGAGCUGAUCGGAAAAUUUAACCGAAUUAUUCAUCACUCAGAAUUGUACCCUUGUCUUCGUCUUAGAGCAAAAAUCGUGCUUGUACAAGCAUGAUCGCUUCGUUGUAACGCACAAGUUUAAAUAAUCUGAUUAAAACGAUACAUUAAUGUUUUUCCAAUGUAAGCGCGCGUCGGAAAGGCUUGAGUCUUCGGUGUUACUUGCAAGUAAAUGUAGCUCGUUUGCUGAAGCUCACAAAUCAAAAUAAUUCAAGUUGUAGCAAAAUUUGCUCCCGACGAUUAAAACGUAGUUCACUUUACAACGAAUACUUUCUCCGCGUACUCACUUCUUUGGCUGAUAAAUCAUCACCGCAGUAUGCCAAGUGGGGUGCUGGUAGUAAACGAGGAAAAUUUAGUCUUUAACAAAAGGAGGUAUUCAUGAGCUUAAGACUGGGUUUCUAUCGCGUGAUAGCUGAUGAGGGCAAGGUUCAAAUCAACUAUCACGGAUAGUAUGGAAAUCGUGAGCAAAUAAUCUUAUUGUUUCAGUAUAAAUCUACUAGUCGUUCUAAACUAAAAAACAAGACAGGCUCGGAAUGGAUUGUGAGUGGCGUAGCCAAUCAGAUUGCGGUAUUUGUGAUAGGACAGUGGCAGACAUCUUUGAAAACCUUCAGAAAGUACUCUCCAGUGCUUCGGUGAAAAGUAAUGCUAUCCUGUUCCAGUAAUGAAUGGAGUUCAAACUUAGAUAUUCAGCACUGGCUUAUUGUCUCAGUUAUUUUACGAUAAAAAAUGAUGCGCGUCUCAAUUAUUUAGAACAAAAUCAAAAGUCUCCUUUCGGAGAGGUGCACAAACUAGCACAAUUCUGAUAAAAGGAAUUCUCUUUUCGGAGAGGUGUUAAAAUCGGUGCAGAUGUGAUAAAAGAAAUGAUUGAUAUUCUACUGGUAUUAUACCACAAAUGCUGUAAUCUGAAUGGCGACGUUACUCUCUAUCUAUUCCGUGAUAGAGAGUGAGUAACCUAAAAGUGUGAGGUUGUCCAAAAAAUUUAUCAUAGUAACAAAAAUAUCCUGAGAAUGUCUUGUUAUUUGUUUUUGACGAUUAGUGGAAAUAGACAAUUAGACUAUCUGCUCUCUAUUCCAUGCGUGUAACCUGAUUCGAGCCUUACCCUCAUCAACUAUCACGCGAUAGAAAUCGAAGGGGAAUAAUCUGAUUGUUAAUUAGAAUGGAUAUUUCAGCCUUUCGUGAUUUAAAUGGGGAUUGAGUGCAUCGGAUAAUAAAAAAUGACAAUGUGAUGUGAUUAAAAAGAGAAUGAUGAGAUGUGGCAGCAAUAUAUGAAGACAGUAAUUCCCACAGCAGUCCUUUAUCUUAAGGAGCAAAUUAUGGCAGCAUCGCUCUAACACAGGGCUAACGCUCGAUACGCCAACUUUUAAACUCUUUACGGUGGCCAAUUAACGUUAUCAACUCAGUUGAUAAUACUAAUUUAAUUCCUCUACUAUACUGUCCAACCGACGCAGCACUACAGUUUCUUUCGAAACUUACUUCCUCAUAAAUAGGAGCAUUUUCGUCAAACAGUUCAAAUUAAAGGAAAAUUAACGAAAAGGAUGUAAAUGACAUCUCAUCGACUUAAUUUCCUCAUUGACAAAUGUGGAAGAAAUUAUUUUAAGAAAUGGAUCUAAAUAAUUUAGGAAUGGAAGUGAAAAAUAAUCCGCUACAUAAAUGCAAAACAAAACCGUCAUGAAAUCGUAGGUCUGACAAAAAGUUCUGCACAAAUGAAGUCUGUUUAGCUUUCAAGACUCGUCGGCAUUUCGGUCAGAAAAAUCGAUUUUUUUUCAUACUCCCCGCGCGAAUCUAUCUUAGUCUGAUUAAUGAAAACCAUAUUGGUUUUGCCAAUCAUGGCGAACUAAAAUUUUUGCCGAGAGAAAAUCGCUUCAGCGCUCAGACAAAGGCCCAUUUUUAACAGCGACGAUUCUCAAGAAAUAGCACAAAUUGCAAAACUCUCACUUUCACAAAUUUCUGCUUUGUGGAAUAUCUUUUGCCUUGCAUAUUAAGUUUUAAGUUUUAUUUACUCAACGUUUUUUUUAUUCGAAAAAAAAUUUUUUUUUUGACACAAAUUAGUUCCUCUCUGUCAAAAUACCAAAAAAUUGACGGAAAUUAAACUCUUGACUCGCGAUUUUGUCUCUUCAGCUGCUGAAGGUAUCACAGAAGGAAAAUAAGCGUUUUCAUUUAGACGUGAAAAUUAUGCGCGCUAACCCUGUAAAAGUAAACAUUUUCUCAAAGCUUAAAAAAACAAUGAUUUCGGAUUCUUACCUUAGAACAGAAUGGGAACCUAAUCAUUGACGCCGAGACGUUUAUUCUACUAAGCAUUUUAAUCAACGCGUUUCUUUUUAAUCGGAGCGUGAUCUUCACAUAUUGAUCUAAAAGCAUGUGUCUGGAAUUUUUAUUUGAACGCCUCGGUAUUUCUUCAUAAUUUUUUUAAAUUCGAAGUAGUGCUUUUGAGCAGAGUUUUCACUGUAGACGUUAUAUCUCAAGAAAGAAGGGAGAAAUCGAAAAUCCGGGACACACUUUUUGGGGUUCAGUAUAUUUCCAGCAUAAUCUCCAAAUUUCACGAAAAUUGGCCGAAUAUCAGCCGAAAAUAAACUCUUCAAAGAACAGAACUCAAGCCAAAACACUUUACCAGAAAAAGCAACCCCAAUUUUUUUCAGGGCGUCGGUACUUGUCGACAUAAAUACGUGCUAGGAGGCAAAGAGCGAAUACAAUUUGUAAGGAGUUAGGUCGAGAUGGUUAAGUGUAACACGCGUGAAUAUGUAGCCAUUUGCGUCGAUAUGGAAGUUAUUUCAACCAGCAAAAAGAGGAGGAAAGAGAGCUACAAUCGAAACACAACACAACUUUUCCACGAUCAAUGCUAUACGAAUGAUGAUGGACUGUCGGCGAUAUUUUUUGCGAAUUAGCGCCUACGGCAACUUCGAUAGAAAUAGACUCUGGCCACUGAAUCUCUUAUGUCUAGUAGAAAACCCCAUCACUAUCUGUGAACAAUAUUUCCGCUUCGAUGCAAACUUGCGAAUAAAUUUCCCUUUUUUCCGGAACGGAAAAUAACACUUGACUUACAAAAACCAAUCUCUCUAGCUUUCGGAAAGAACUAAAGUAAGUAGACUUGAUGACGAAUGAGCGAUUUUGGAACUCAGUGUACAAAACGUUUAUCAGGUGACGAGAUGAAGUUGACAUGAAGUGCCAUGCAUCUCGCGCCUUCUGUUCCACUCUCACAUUAUUUUUUGCUUUAUAACUUCUGAGGUAAAAGAGAUACCAAAAUGAGAUUUUCAGAAGUUGAUGGAUAUUUAGUUUUUUUAAUCGAUGUUAAGUUUUCAGGAAAUUAAAAAAAAAAGAUUUUUUUCCUUCUGAUACCUUAAAGGUGAAAAAUAAUUGCUAAUCAGUUCUGAAAUAGCCAAUUGGCGCAGGCGAAGAGGAUUAUUCACCUAUUUGGAACAUACUAAUAAAUGAAACUUACACGUAAAUUGAAAACUUUGCAGUUUUUUUUAUGAUUAAGAACACGACGAAAAAUCAUUUAGAAUUGAAAAACCUUCAUCCUCAUUUAGAAAAAUGCAGGAUCCGAAAGUUGACCUUUACAAAGUAAAAGCUGACAUUUUUAGCGUUAGCCCUUAGCCAGAGCGAAUCGCAAGAGACGAAGGGCUAACGCUCGAAACUUCAGCCUUUAAACUCUUUAUGGUGAUCAAAUUACGUUAUCAACUCAGUUGAUAAUACGAAAUUACCCUGUCACACUCUCCCACUGACUCAGCACCACAGUUUCCCGAGGAACUGAACCCCCUUAACAAAGCAUAGCUGCAUACUACCCAUUGCUUUGUUUCUUAUUCAAUUAAAGAGAUACAAUAAAAAAACAAUCUUCAGAAGCCAGGAUGGCUAUGGAAAACUGCUGUUUACCCAAAAUAUUUAUUUAUUUUCUUGCAUGAAUUGUUUUUAUUGGUAGUCAGUUAAAGAGCAGGUCUUUUAAGCUGGAAAAUGUAACCCAUGAUCUAAAAAAAUUUGCAACGUGAACUAAUUAUGUAAAGGUCCUUUUAAAACGGAAUUCUCCGUGUACAUAAACAUCGAAAAUUAAAACUUAUGCGGUUUGUUCUCACUGAGGAUUUAUCUAAAUAUACGAAGCAGAGAAAUUCCUAAAACCAGAAUUUUGUGAAAGGAAAAGGUCGGAAAUUUUUGCCAUAUUUGAUGAAUCAGUUCAUGCAUACUGUUAAGAAUGGGCCUCUGAUUGCUGGAGCGAUUUUCAUCUGCAAAAAAUUCGUUUUGUAAUAUUUGACAAAACCAUGAUUUAGUCCAUUUUUCAACAGUAUUUCCCUAGGAUUACGAAAUUCCCAAGCAUGUUCUUUGGUCCUAGAUCGUGUUCGUCACAUGCUCUUCUCAUUUCUGGUGGCACAAGUAUGCGACAUACUUGUUUCGCAUCAACCACAUACUUUUUUCUGUCAAAAUUAUUUUCCCGUCCCAACUAUUUUAAUGGUCUUAAAAAUUGUUCCCAAAGCUAAUUUUGUGAUUACUUUUCUCCCUCUUAGACAAAUUAACCCUUUGUACCUUAACAUUAGUAUUCAUGUUCUCAAUACUUUCCUCUCUAAAUUUCUUCUGGUACUGACAAGGAGAAUUCGUUUGACAAUCAGGAGCUUUUAAAAUUGGUGAUAGUUUCCUUUCUGCUCAUGACCUUUGUAUUUAAUUUAAGGAAGAUGUUGUAAAGAAAAAUUAAUUAGAAGCCAGUCACUCUUAGAGAUCAAAGAGUUGUCCAUCCGAAUACUGUUAACGCCCGUAAUCAUGGUCGCUACCUCGUGAUACAUCAUCAACGAUUUAAAAACGAUUUAAAUAUAGCUGAGUACGUUCUGAGAAAAAUUCAAGUUUUCCUUGCUCUUAACUCUGAAAUGUGAACUUCUUCAUCUCUUUCACUGUGAUAUGAUUUAUUCUACUCCAGGUCAGGAACAAAGGACAGACGUCAUCAAAGAUAAUCUCAACCCUGAAUGGAACAAGGUAUAGGUUCAUAUCGGUGACUUUAUUACUGCCAAAAUCCAGAUAUCACUUCUUAUCUCUCUCUACCGCAGAAUUUGAAUUUCUGAUUUCUGACCUUAUUCUCAGAGAAUCGGAGGAAAAGUCAGACAUGAUUCCCCAUAGCUGUGUUUUCUUUUCUUCUCGUCACAUAUAUUCUUGAAAAUGUAUCGAUAUUGUGAGGAGAAAUUCCAUUUUAGUCACUCCCAGGAGUGGAUACGACCACAACUCGAACGAAAAGCUUUGCAUUCUUUGCUUAUGUAUUGAUGUAUUUGGUUUGUUUAGGAGUUCGAAUAUGACCUCAAUGGAAAGGCGUUGUCAGCUCAAGAGACGCUUCUUUUCAAGGUUAAAGACUGGGAGAAAAUAACAGCCAAUCGGUAAUUACUCAUUUCUAAUUGCACUCUUCUCUUGACACUAUCUAACGAUUGGCUAAUGAUCCAAAGAUGUCGCGUGAUAGUUAAUGAGGGCAAUGCCUGAAUCAACUAUCUCGAAUGAAAAUCAAGAUCAAACAAUCUUUUUGUUUUGCAACAACAAGACAGGCGCAUGUUUCUAUCUUAUUUUGUUUACGACCGCACAUAGUGAGGUUAUCUACUUUACUCACCAUCUAUCAAGAAAUCGAUAGUGAAUAGCGGGGCCAGUCAGAUUGCAGCCGGAUUUGUGGCCAAUCAGGAUGUAGCAUUUGUGGGAGAACGCCAAUAGAUCUACACACCUGUACAGUUCUGAAAUGGCAUGUUAAGAACACGCUCCUUUAAUUCUUCGUCGAUAACGGAAAAAAGGUUAACGGACAAUUUUGUUAGGGUGGUCUCCGAAGCAAAAUUUCAAACUAAACUAAGUAGAAACAUAUAGUCAUGAAUCCUAGCAAAUAUUCAAGAUAACAAUCAAAUAUAGGAAAUUCCUUAGUCCCGAAAGCAACGUAAGUUGUCACGAGUUGCAACCAAUCAAAGAAAAAGUCAGAGAUCAUUUUCUGAUUUUUCUCAUCUCGCUAUUGAAAAAUAAACAUUUAAAUUUGCUGAACAAGUUUCUUGUGCACCUCUCGCACACCUGGCAUGUUGUGUUCUUUCGAGCGCUUCUUUUCUAUUUUCAAAGCUUGAAAGACUCAAAACGGUUUAUUGCUGAACUGACCUCGGUUUAUUGUUUGAUGUGUCACGCACAAAAAUUUCACCACAGUUUGAGCAUGCUGUGCUGUUUUCCUGCUGACGUUUAAUGAGUAUCCUGCUGAUCGGAUAUUUUCUUCGAAAAAAGGCAUGUUUGUAAAAAGGAACGUUUGUUUUACUACUGGUUAACGAAAUUGCAGAAAAUUAAUCAAACCUCUUCCUCCUACAGCCUUCUUGGUUCAGCCACAGUUCCCUUAAACAAUUUGGUCCGCUCCAAAAGUAAGUCCGUGGACACCGAGGUUAAUUUGGUAGAUGGCGAACAAAGAGCCACCCCCGUAAGUACUAUUUUGUAAUGAUCUUAAUGAAAAAGCUAAUCCAAGAAGCAAGGAAGAGAAAGCUUACACUGUUGACACCCUGGUGACCCGAACCUCCCGUUAAGAAGUUCAGGUUUUAAGUACACUCAGACAACCCCUUCGUCAAAAACACCCCAGCCUCCCCCUCUCCCCCAUACCCCUCCGAUCCCUGAUGACACACUCUAAAAUGAGAAUCUUUAUUAUCACUCAUUUUUUAUCAUAGCGUUGCAAGUAAAAAAAGUUCUUGCUUUUGAGAAAAUGAUCUAAUUUGCAGUUCUUUGAAACAUUGGAACUGAUUUGGUUCAUUCAAAAUUCCAUUACGUUACUUUUUAUAACGCUUACAUCGACUAAACUUGUUACAUAAUUUCACACCCAGGCUAAACUUAAGAUCAGCUUAUCUUACGACCCUCCUCCAUCCGCCACCAAAGGAGAGUUACAGGAAGGUGGUAUUGAGGAGGGUGAAGAAGUGAAAGAAUUUGAAACUACUGGAGGAGAACCAGGGAAAGUAGGUUUUAAAAGGUAAGUUCUCUUCUGAAAAGUAGUCAAUGGCUUGGCUAUGUGCGAUGAUGUGUUGCUCCACAGCAGGUUAGAUAGACUGUUUUGGUGCUUCAGGGGAGAUGAUUUUUUUUUUUUUGGCUUGCUUUAAUGGCCGGUGAGUCAGUUGGCAUUUGCUUAUAACGCUAUAGAAGUUUAAUCACUGGUUGACCGACCAUGUCUGCAAGCCACGAGUGCAAAUAAUUCUCUGAUUUCUUCUGCAAACUGAAAUGUAGCAGGACAACGGUGAAUCAGCCAUUUGAUUAAUUCAGGUGGCAAGAAAGGAAUCUAACAGAGCACCAGUUGUGCCUACCAUUGACAUAUUUUUGUCCGGCUGAUAAGGAAAAACACGAUGUAGUAUUUGAGAAAAGGGAACAGGGACAAAUCAAGACUGACGUAGCGUUUUGCACUUUAUGCGGCCUGUUAACCCUUUACAGCCUUACAUCAGUAUGCAUUCUCUCCAUACUGUUCCUAAGGUCUUUACAAGAACAAUUUGAUUUGGUUCAGGGGUUAUAUUGUAAGCAGAAAAUAGAUAGUUACUCUUGAAGGUCAGAGGAUUAACAUAAAUCGUCAUAUUGCGUUUGUAAGUAGACCCCAUGAAGAGUGCUAUUGAAAAUGUCCCACUUUUUGUAUGCGCCCUUUGCCAUCAAUACAAAAAGUGUGAUCUUUAAUAAAUUUUUCGAAACACGAGUGAUAGUCAGGUGAGUUCAUAGCUAGCCCCCCCCACCCCUUUUGAAAUAGCCAGUUCGUGCUUCAAUGUCGAAAUGAGUAAAAUUCUUUCAUUUCCAAUGCUUCUAACAUUCCAAGAUGAUCAGUUAUUGAAAACCGAAUUACAUUUUCAGGACCAGACGUGGACAGAAGGGAAAGGCGUUAUCAAAUAAGCCUCAGGAUUUUCAGGUAAGAAAUAUAAUACAAAUAUAUAUAAUAAAAACAUUUCAAAUCGCUACUCUCUUACAGCUGAGGUUUUUCUCUUAAGAUAUUUCACACAUAAUAACUUUUGCUGUGUGAUUUGAAACAGAUACGUGUAAAGGUAUUUGAAGCUCGUCAGCUAACAGGAGGUAACAUCCACCCUGUUGUUCGAGUGAGCGUGGCUGAUCAAGACCGAGACACAAAAAUCAAGAAAUGCACAAACAAUCCGGCAUUUAACGAGGUUGGUCAUGGGAUCAUUUUUGCAUGGACUGGACAUGUCACAAACUUACGAGAAUAAAUCUAAGAGCUAAAAGCGUCAUUUUCUUCAAUUCCAUCAUUUCAUACAGAAUUUCUCCUUCAAUUUUCACUCUGCACCCAUGGACUUGUUUGAAGAAACAGUGUCGUUUGAGGUCAGUAAACAGGGAACCCAACACUGAUGAACUACUUCAUCGGUAUUGUUAACCCCUUGUUGUUAUUGUAAGCGGCAGGAGGCAAGUUCUCCGUACUGUUCUCAAUGUAUUUCCUAUGUUACCUACAAGGAGUAUUUUUUAACUAUCAGGAGCUUCUUCAGUUGAUGAUAUUUCCUUUCUUCUAAUCACCUUUACAUUUGAUUUAAGGGUGAUACUGUUAGUGUACGGAGAAAUUCGAAGCCAGUCACUCUUAGGGGCCGGUAAAGCGUUCGAAUUUUUUUUUUCGAGUCCUGCUCGAGUUUGAAUUUGAAUUAAGUGCUUCUAAGUAUAAGCUUUGGUUUUUUCUUUUCUAGUGGAUAACGUCUUUUUUGUACGAAUGUCUUGUGUUUGAUUGUUUGUUUUAAAUUAAACAAUGCCAGCUUGCAAGGCGUAAAAAAAAAAGUCCAGUCUUUAUAUCAUAAUAUUAAUAACCAUGUCCAAAUAUUCAUUUUACUUUAUCUCUUUCUUCCUUUAGGUUUUCGACUCCAGAAAGUACCGUGCAGACUCACUACUUGGUUAUUUCGAGGUUAGCUAGGUUAAAUUUUCAGAAAUGAGGAAAACACAAUGAACACGCGAUACAUGUAACUAUUCCUUAGGUUUAUGAUUUUGGAUUAACAAUUGCGAAAAAUAUUAAGUUGAUAAGCUAUGAAAUGGUUACCCAAAGCGGGGAAGCCAGUUGAGUAAAGAUCAAACUGAACAAAGCAAAUUUUCCGCACGUUAGUACUGUAACAUGAUCAAUCGAGGUAGUUGUGUCAUAUGUUUCUCUCGUAUUACUCUGCAUAAAAAAACAACUUAGAACGACCUGUUAAGAAACAUUGUGUGCUUCGUAUUAAAAAAGUAGCCUGAUAUGACUGCUUUUUUGUGUCAAUUUGGAAUCGAAUUCUGCCUUCCAUGUUAUCAGUUCCGGCGGCGCUCUAACAUUGCUGUAUAACUUAUAUCGCUUGCCUUAGAGUUACGAGUAAAUCUUUUUUUCAGCUUGACAUCUAUUCAAUAUACGACAUGCCAGGUAAGUGGUUUGAUGAAGUAACGUUAGACUGUACAUGGCUGGCUUUUAAGGUAUUGGUAGCCAUCUCUGUGUUUGAUCUGGAUCAGCUUUGAUAUUACCGACGAUUAGGACGAUCCAGCCAAUCUUCAGACAUUAAGGCAACAUAACAACAUACAUUUGGCACACUUGAGACUUAACUUAUUGAUCGUCAUAAAUUAACUUUUUUUUUUAAACCUUUGACAAUUACAAAUUCAAUCAAUCAGAUCCUCUUCAUCACGGUGGAUUUUUCGUAUUUUAUGCCUCGAUACCAAGAGAAUAUGUCUCUGUGGAGCAAUUGUAUACAUGUGCAUAAUGAGAUAUCUUAAAAAGAUAAAACAUUAUUCUUUUUGCUAUCUCAAUUUUAAGGUCAUUCUUUUAUUCGUAAAUGGAUGUUGUUAAGCAAUCCUAAAGACAAAGGAGGCGACGAAAAAGAAGAGGUAGGCUCAUUGAUUUCCUUUUAAAAACAGGUCAGUUGCCCCAUAAUAGAAUAAACUUAUGAGGCCAACCAGACGUUUCUAUGAGAAUCCGAGCUCUGAUAAACAAAAAGCGCCGAUGCAAGACUGAAGGGCAUAUGUUAGGAAAACACAAAAUGAAGGUUGAAGCACACAAAAUGUGAUGACGAAACAAGCCCGUUGCCAACAGGAAGGUUUUGGCGGUUGGAAUGAAUGCCUACCACCCCCUCCCCUCUCCCCCGCCAAAAAAAAAAACCUAAUGGACAAUGGAAAAUAGUACAAACCCAAAACGUGGUGAGGCGGAAAUGGAAAGAGUGGCAGAGAGGAAAAAUAAUGUGAUGUCGUUUGCUUAAGUCUCUGAAGUUCUGACAUGUUUUUUUUCGCUGAUUUUUUUUUAUUUUCAUUGAUGAACAGAAAAGCGCAAAAGGAGUUCGAGGAACUUCUAGAGGAGGCUCACCAGCGGUAAGUGCGAUCAUAUAAAAAUAUUUCUAUAAUCCUUGUGGAGAUUUUAAGAAGCCUAACGUAAAACCGAUAACACAUUUUCAUCUCUUACACGUUUGAUUAUAGGGUUACCUAAAAGCGACAGUAACCGUGCUGGGACCUGGAGACAAACCACCGGUAAAAAAAACUAUAAAUCUUAACUCUUGCCGAAACUUCGUUCUAUUGCUGGUUCCCUCAAGAUAUAGACACAACUUUCUCUUCAGCGUUGCGUUAAAUUUGUGUAAUUGAUUAAUGUACAAGUCCGAUCAUGGUCACCUGCGGUUCCGAAACGGAAAAACAUAAACUUCGCCCAAGAAAAUGGCGCAGGAAAUUAAACCUGAUUAGAGCCAUCAAAUGUAAUGGCAAUGUUCCAUUGCUAAUUAAGAAAAGGGAGAUAACAAAUUUAUCAUGAAGAAAGUUGUUAAAAAGAAGAAAUAAGUUAAACCAAACAAAAUUACAAAAGUACUUUCAGACAAGUCCUUUACAACUAUGUGAAUGACUGUAACUGUAAUUAAGUUUCACUUUUUUGAUGAAUUUUUAUUUAUUCUCAGCCUCUGUCUAAGCUCGCCGGAGAGGACGGUUCUGACGACAUUGAGGCGUGAGUACCUUUAUGAAUUUAAUAAGCAAUUUUACAAAUUUAUCUUAAAAGCUCUCUCAUAUGCUUUCAUUUUUUCUCAUGUCAUGUUUCCCGAAGAAUACUAAUUAUCUGCUUGGUGCCAGUUUGUCGUUCUUGUACAGUUUGUCCUAUCACUUUCUAACAAAAGCUCGCAAACUUAAUUAUGUUUUUGCUUUUGCGAAGGAUUUGCAGUGACAUAAGAUAACUUUUUAUAACGAAUAUAUGAGCUACAUCAUGAUCCAGAGUAACUAAGGCAAAAGUCAAUCUAUUUUAAGAGUCGAUGGCUAUGUGCUGUUACGCGAACUUUGGGUCAACAAUCGUUAUUUAUGAAGUAACUACCUAUGCAUGCAUUCGCACCAUAGCUAUUUGGUAUCGUUAUAUUGCGAAAUAUUUCAUAGCUUACGAACAAGUCCUCAAUAAUUAGCUCUGCAGGACGCGCGUUUCUCUACCAGCAGGAAGAUUUGAGACGAGUCAAGGAGAGGUUUGACAGGGGUCUGGUGCUACAACUAACCAGGCCCCUUAUAGACGUCUCGCCGGUUCUCGUUGCUCAAACCGUAAUACUAUUAUCCCGCGAGCGCGGAGAAGCUGGUGCCGAAGUGCUUAUAAUGAGGAACCGAGGGGUUAGAUAGAGUAGUCUAUACGUAGACUACUAUAUACUUAGCCUAUGGAAUUCAUCAAACACUUGGGAAUCACAAAAGCCGUGAAAGUCGCUGAAACAUUUCUUCGUUUUAGCUUGGUUGGUUUUUUUGGUUGUUUUGUCAGUUUCCUUAGUUUGAUUUGUUCCUUUCAUAUCGAUUAUUUUUUUUACAGGAAUCUUCUUAGGCCUGCUGGAGUCGGUCUUCAAGACGCAGUUUUUACUUUCAAAGUUUAUCGAGCGGAGGAUCUUCCUCAGAGUAAGUUAAUUAGGUAGUGUUAUCAGUUAUGGGUCGAAUAAUUACAGGUUCUCCAGAGAGAGUUUUUGUACACCGAAAAGAAAAUCGUAAUAUUUUAGCUCAAAAAAAUUACCACUAAAAAUUAUGCGAUGUAAAGUAGCAAAAUAGUAGUAUUUAGAGCUCUAACAUGAUGAUCAUAGAAUACAAUUGUGCCGUCGGUCGUUCAGCUCGAGAACUAUCGUGAAAGAGAGAUGCCAGAAAAAAAAAUGGUACAACCCAAAGAUGUGGCUCUAAUUUGUCUAAUUUUGUGUUUGUAGUGGAUACAGCUGUGAUGCAAGGUGUCAAGAAAUUUUUCAACAUGCAACAGGUAAUACUCUGUCAUCAGACGCAAACAAAAGAUAGAAUAAAAAGCAGAACAAAAGUCAAAUCUCAUUUUUUUCGAUAGGAGGAUGAAAAGCUUGUGGAUCCCUACGUUCUAUUUCAGUUUUGUGGAAAAGAGGUAUUGUACAUGUUUCUUUGUGUUUGUCAUAAUCUGAUCAGAUUAACCUUCUACAUGGAAACAAUGCUGGCUCGCAAGGAAGUUUUCGCUUACGUCUGUGAUGAGAAGCUACUUUUAAAAAGUGACUCUCUAAGCCCGUACCUGUCGUGUUAACCACGAGGAAAAAUAAUUUGAAAGCCGGUACGACUGCUUGUUGUAAGUGCAAAAGGUAUGACUGCAACAACAACAACAACAGCAUGAACAACAACAAUAACAACAACAGCAUUCACAAAAAACAACAACAACAACAAUAAUAACAACGACAAAAACAACAGCAUCAUCAACAACAACAGAUAUAAUUACAAAUACAUCCAAAAAAACAGCAUUAUCAACAAUAACAACGUCGACAACGACAACAAAAACAACAACAAAAACAACAAAGUGGGACUUACAGACUCAUAAAAUCCACGUCCUCUUUGGAACGUCUAUCUAAAUCCGACAAUAUGCUUGAAAAAUAGCAAUAAUCAAUGGACGAAGGCAAAGUAUUUCAUUUCUCUUGAUACAGAAUCGCACCUCUGUCAAAUACAAGACAGACUGUCCAGAAUUUAAGGAGAUCAUCAAAGUUCCUUUCAUGGUAAGAGUAAACAAUUUAAUCGGUUGUUUACAACCUUAUAAACUAUAUUCUUUCGUAAGGGUGAGAUCUUCUCCUUCUUUUUUUGUCUUAUACAGUUUAGUGUAUUGUUCAUCUCCUCUAAUAAAAAUUUCAGGAAAUUCACUUGAAAAUUUCUUUUACAGACGAAAUCUUUCAAAUCAGUCUACCUGCUCGCAUAAGUGAUAUUUUCUGGUUUAACGUUUCCACCAUAAUAGAUUCCUGUCGACUGUAUCGUUUAAAAAUUUUCUCUCCUUCAGUUUCCAUCAAUGUGUCAGAGAGUGAAAAUCCAAUUGUUCGACUGGUGAGUGAAUAAGCUAACCAAAACUACACUCUUUACUCUUAAGCCUCCUCCACACCAAUAUCUUUUGAUGCGUUUUUGCCAUCAUCUACACUGAAACAUUCGAAAACGCUCAUGAAAAUAGAGUCUUUCGAAAACAGUUUCGAAAGGCCUCAUCUCAACCUAGGCGUUCUUGUUCGAGAAUGCAUAUUGCUUUACAGUGUUUUUGCUCAUCAUCCAACUACAUCGCAAACAACGCUGAUAAAACCGUAGAUAUUUAAAACGUUUUCAAGGGUAAAGAAAAUGCAUCGUCCUUUAAACGCUCCGUUUUUUGAAAAACCUCUACCGAAAAAUGGGUCACUCCUUUUCAUUUUCAUUUGCAUUUCCAAGCGUUCUUGUGCGCACGAUAAACACAUAAAAUGUAUGUGUUUUCAAAGGAAGAUUCACUUAUGUGGACUGUUCUAGCGUGGGUGAAUAUUAAAUCCUUCACUUUGCUUGGGACGUUGCCAGACAUUUUUGAGAAACGUUUAUUGUAGUCGAGCCCCUUGUGCGGGUGUUAUGUAUCAAGGAAUGAGCAUGUUUGCAAUAUUCAAACACAAGAAAUUAUAGGAACGUACGAUUAACAGUAUACAAACAGCAAUAGGGAAAAUUAAUCGAGGCAAGGUAUAGUGGUACUAGAUAAGAAAGUGUGCCUCCUUUGAUUCGAGAAUUAUAUACAUUAGAGAACUUAAUACACUGUAAAGGUAAAAUGUUUCUCUUAAAAGACAUUUUGUAUAUUCAAGAAUGCAUUGGCAGGUUCUUGGCAAUGUUGUUUGAAAGUUCGUAUUUUGUUCAUUCAGGGAUCGUCUAACUGAUGAUGAUUGUAUUGCAACUGCUUUUCUUUCUCUUGCCUCGAUGUCUGGACAAGGAGAAGAAGGUUUCAUGAUAUAAUCUGCAUGACACGAUAAAAAUCUACGUUAUCUUUCUAUUUUCCUCAAAUUGUUCGUUUUUUAUCAAUUCAUUUCCUUUAUUGACUACUUUAUCUGCAACUAAUGAGCGAAUAAUUUGUCAAUGUCUAGGAUUUCUUCCAACGUUUGGUCCUUGUUGGUUGAAUUUUUAUGGUUCCCCGAGGGAGUUUUCUGAGCUUCCAGAUGAGCAUGAAGAUCUAAAUGAUGGAAAGGUGCUUGAAACAUUAUUUAUAUAGUUGUGUUGUGCAUUGUCAAGUAGUGUCUGGCGACAAAUAGAUCAGAAUGCGUCCAAUAAUUGAUUUUUUUUUAAGGAACGCCUCUUCUGGAAGACAACAGUUCUUUAAUGAAUUGUAAUCACUUCGAAUGCUAAUUCUCCGAAAAGGGCCUGAUGCAUGAGUCAAUAUGUGAAAUUUUACUUAUUUGUGCUUAAAAAACCCUGUUUGGCAAAUAUUAGAUCAUACAUUAUUUUGUAGUCACGUGAAAAAAGUAUGCAAGCUAAAGUAAUUUCUAAUAACUGUAAGAGAUUAAUUAACAUUUUUACUUUACAGGGGGAGGGAGUGGCGUAUAGGGGGCGAUUACUAGUGGAGUUGGAGACCAAGUUGGGUGAAGAGAUUGACAAGGAGCUGGAAGUCAUGAAAGGACCAGAACUUAUUCGAGUACAGGUAGUACUGAACUGCAAAAAGACUCCACUGAAAAUAAAACUAAACAAAACAGUCAUUUAAACAGGCUUCACUCUAGAAAAACCCUAUUUUAACAGUAUUGAAACAAAUUAUCACUAUUUCUACAUCUUUCAUUGUUGUGAACGCCAAGUGUGUGGCGAGAAAUUGCUCUGACGGGCUUCUCAGGUGGGGUCUAGUCCUUCACUGCUCCGUCAUUCAUGCAACACGUGUAACACAUGUAACACACAAGAUACCUUGUGGUUCAGAAAAGUUUUUUGAGGUAGUACAGUUGGUCAAUUGUUUGAACCUCGGGGUAACAUUUGAACGCGUCGUACGAUUUUUGUUUAAGGUUAAUCAUGAUAAAGACUAUUGUCGGUGGUGCAGUGAUCAUAACUGACGUUUCGAAAACCUUGAAGAAGUGGUUGUCAUAGUCGAGUAACGAUGAUUCCCGUCAGGGUUGUCGAAGGGUCAGUCACCACGACCGACGUUAAAGUAAUACCUACAUAUACAAUCAUGAACAGUAACUAGAGUGUCAGUCUCAAAGCUUCAUACAAUUUUUAAGUUACCCGUAAUAUUUCUCGUAAAUCACGGAACUUGCGACUAACACUUUGUUCCCUAACCGAUUAUAAUCGAUACAACCGAAUGAAAACCUUACAAAUUUUAUACUAAUAAAAAGUACAGACUAGUUUCUAUGAAUGUGUAAAUUCACGCAUUUAUACUGAGGCCUUAAUAACGUUUUUUCUCUUAAGCCAUACCUGAGCCGCAGCAAAUACAAGUUGUUUGCUUGCUUUUAUGAAGCUUCCAUGGUGUUUGAUGUAGACGGGCCUAUUGAAUUUGAAGUUAGCAUCGGUAAGAAUUUCAUUCUUUUUGUCUUGGCAAUCCUAUAAAGUGGACUAAAGUAAACUGAUUGUAUGAUGGCGGGAUGCAAAAAAAUUUUAAAGAUUCUUCUCCAAUAUGUGAACGUAUUGCUGUGCCAAUGUGAGUUAAAAACAAGCAGUUAAGAUUUUUUGUUUCUAAGGGAUCUUCGGUCUCAACCAUACAUGUAAUGUUAGAGGACAGCAAUUAGUUGCUGAAAUUUCUCAUAGGGCUUUUCACAAAUUGUCUGUAAAUGAGCGGGAAAUUGCACAAAGUAGCUUGUUUUGCAAAAAGGUUACUCAAACAUUGUUCUGUAUCGAAACAGUUUAUAUAACACAGUUUACUUUAAAGGUAAAUGUAGUCGUUACAGAAUUUAAAUGAUUUACAAUUAAUGACUUUUAGCAACAACAACUAUAUCCCAACAGUGUACCAGAUUUACAUAGAUCAGAUUUAUUUGAAAUGAAACUUCUUUCAACAAUUUUCCCAGCUGAUGAGAGCUGUUACUUUGUAGGUAACUAUGGCAACAUGAUGGAUGAGUCGGUGGCACCUUCCAACACGCCCCCUUGUAACGCAGUGUAUGAUGGAAGUAACUAUUACUAUCUUCCCUGGAGCAGCGAAAAGCCUUGUGUGUGCGUGGAAAGUUAUUGGGAGAACAUAUCCUUCAGACUGGAACCCUUAAAUGCCCUGCUGAGGAUUAUUGAUCGCGUGGUAAGACCAAGUGCUACUUUAAACGCUUCUGCGUGAGCCUUGCUUUUGUUCUAACAGAAAAAGAGUCCCCUUCAGUGGAGCAAAAUUUCAGGGAGCUAUCAUUUCAAGCAACACGCGCAUUUUCAGUCAGGUUUUUCACUGCGUACAAAUUUUUCAAAAUCAAAUCUAAAAAAGGGUUUGGUUCAAGGAGCGUAAAACCUUGACAGAACUGAGCUGAAGCAGUGAAUUCGUGAGAUAUUUGUUUGAUAUUGAAGAUGACAUGGAAAUCAUAUCACAGAAGCAAUACAUUUGCUGUAUCCUCAGCGUAGAUUAACGGAAAUUGCCUUUAACCAAGACACUUUUCUCUCCCCAGAAAAAUAAAAUAACGGAAGUGAUGUAUAUGAUCGUCACCAAUGCACCGGAAGUAGACAGGGCUUCUUGUUUGUUCUCUUUACUGGACCAGCUUAUCGCAGACUGCAGGUUACUUGAGACGUUACAUAAUUUGUAAAAUAUACUGGUGCAUGAAAUUUCAUGAUAGGUUUAUUCAAAGAUACAUACAUAACCAAGUGAAAUGCCUCUUAAUCAAGAUCUGCUGGCCUUACACAAGUUUUAAACGUAAUAAAUGGAUCCUUUGAUCCCGACGCUCCUGUUUCUGUUUGAACAAAGGGUCAUAAACCGACUAAUCUUUCGAUAAUCGACACAAAAUUCGUUUAAAGACCGAACAAGAAAAAAAGCACUGAUAAUGUUAUGAGGCAAUCAUGAAAAUCAAGUCGUGCAUUGGAUGCACUUGCAUGAAUAAAGCGAAGUCUAUCACAAGUAACCCAAAUGUAUUAUGGUUGAAUCGAACCAUUUUAAGGGACUUGUUCGUGAAAUUCUCGGCAAUUUCAAUAUUGAACGAAGAGUCAUAAAUAAGUAGCAACUACUUUAAUGCAUGCAAAGCCUCAAGAUUAAUGCAAAACCCGACAGAUGGUGCAUGGAUUGAAAAAAAAUUAGGACAGAAUAACAAGACUUGUUAAAGGGUAAAUUGGCAAAAAGAGAGUGGAUAACGUUUUUCAGGUUUUCUUAUCAGUUUGUUCCAGUGCGUUAUCUAUGUGAGGCUACGGCCGUGCAAAUGGAUGGGUUAGAUAUAGUUAGCAGUAUUAAAACAGUAAAUGCACCAGUUUUUUACCAUUCUCGGCCAUAAAGGGUUGAGAGUUAGAGAGAUGAGUUAGUUUAAGUAGAAUGCAGUCCAAAAAACAACUGAUGUUUGAGCUCUACAUACGAUAUACAGAUUUGAAAACAAUUGAGACACUGCGAGCUGCCUAAUUUGUCAAAAACCUAUCGUUUACUGUACUGGUAAAACCAAUGGGAAAUUGAAUUUUUUAUUAUAAAGUAAUGUACCGCCUUCUCCACAGAAUUACCACUGUGAUUACUUACUUAAGAUGUUGGGAAAACACUAAAAAAGUUUGUAAAUCACGAGCCAGAGGCCGUCUUUCACUUAAAAGUAUUGCUUUUUUAUGCUUUCCAAAAUCCUCAUUUACUUUCUUUUCAUCCAGCAGUAGCCUUCCUAACUUGAAAGGGAAGACAAACAAACUUGAUAUGAAGCGGGACCGUGAGAGAAGAUGCGAGUUGGUAAAGCUGCUGUUAUUCAAUUCAGUAGAAUUUUCCGAGAAAAAGUUCGCAACAUUUAUUUGAUUUAAUUGAUUUAUUUAAUUUAAUUGAUCUUGCAAACAGAGAGUUUCAUAAUAGGUGGGCAUUCCCACUAAGAUCUUGUGAUUGUGAGAUAAUACCUUUUUUUUUUGUGUCUUUUCUAAGACUAAUGAAAAUUGACAAAAAGUUUGCACGAAUGAGACCUGGUGAAGAUCGAUCUGAAAAAAAUUAAACGAAAAGGAAGCAACUAAUAAAAAAAUGAUGAAAAUAACCAAGAUUCAAAUUGAAUAAACAAUAACAAAUUAAAUAUGAAGUGAAAAAAGUUUCAAGCUAUGAAAAUCCUCAGUACCCUUGCAAUAGUUUAAACAAUCUGUUCUCCUUAUGUUAUAAUCUUUUUCAGCGCUCUAUCGCACAGGAAGCCACGGAGCUUAAAGAAAAAGCAACAAACGUUGAAGACGCGCUCUCAGAUGUAAACGGAUUUCUUCAGCGGUUACAAGACCUUGCAGAAGAGGUCAGUAUAAAGAAUUAAAGGCAAAUGCCAAUUUCAUGCACAUUAAGUUUCCUCUCGUACGCUUCUCGACUAACAUUUUCUUUCUAGACGACUAGUUUUUUUUUGAGUAUUUCUGAGUAUCUAAUUCAAGCUUCGCUCUGUUGUUCUAGCAUCUAUCAACCCUCUCUUGAGUAGGAACUCCUUCUCUCUCCCAGGAAAAGGCGACGAAGUAGAGGUUACCACUCCUUGAAUUACGUGCACGUCUCCGUAAAUUUCGUUUAGUGGCUCUGAUAGCAUUUCGAAUGUGUCUCAUCUUCCAGCAGUACACAAAAGGGUUUAGAGAAGAAUUAAUAAACAUCAGUGUGAGAGAGUAGAACGACAAAAUCUUGGAAACAUUGUUAAUUCCGGCAGUUGCCACCAGAACGAAAACACAAAUUUUUGGCAAAACAAAGUAAACACACAGGAUAAACACAGAAAAAACCACAUAGAAUAGUUUUUCAGUUCUUUGUUCGGAAUUUUAACUAGGUCUUUGUGAGGUAGCAAAAACACUACUGCACACACACCAUAGUGCUCUGAUUAAAAGGAGCUUUCAGUUCAAAUUCAAGCAAAGUUUGAAAGAAUUUUUUCUUCAGUUCCUUAACCAAAGCAGGUGUUGCUAACUUUUCAUAGAGAUGUAAUUGUACUUGGGUAUUAUUAGAGGCAAGGUUUCCAUAGACACUUUUUAAGCUGCCCUGUUGAAACACACUGUAUAAAGUUCAAACUAUAAUAACACUUAGAGAUUCUAUCUUCUUUCUGAAGUUAGUUAAUAUUUGCUUUGGUGAAUUAUAAUGUUGUUUACUUUGCUUCAGUUCAAUUAAGCAUGGUUUGAAUUAAAAAUGUAGCAAUAUUUUGAAAACAAUCUCAAAAGCUUUGGUGCUCUCCUUUGAAGUCUUGAAGAUCUAAACAUAAUUUUUUAACUUAAAUGAGUAGGUGAAAAAUAAUAUUGUCGAGACUUUCAACUAACGAAAAAGAAGGCGCUUUGUUGAUCGUGCGUGAAUAUGACCAAGUGACUUAAUUAAUCUUUAUGUGUGUCGGAAUACUUGUAUUGUCUGAAAAUGCGUUCAUGCGUUUUAUCUGGCUGAAUUGCUAUCGCCCAAUUAUUGAUGAAAACUGAUGACGUUCAAAACAGAAAAAUCUUUUAAGACGAAGAAAAACUUCUCUUGGCAUACGGAGGGAGUUGCUCACACUGUUCAAUGCAAGAGUUUAUUGCCAGGAGAUGAGAUUUGUUAACUGGUCUUCACUAUUUAGGUGCUGAAUUCUUCUAGUUCUUGACACUUUACACCCUAACCUCAGUAGGCACAUUCUCCAUACUGUUCUCUAUACAUUUCUUAAAGUGCAGACCAAGAGAAUUUGUUUAACAAUCAAAAGCCUCUUAAGUUGGUGAUCAUGUCCUUUAUUCUCGUGACCUUAAUGUUUGACUCGAAGGUGAUAUUGUUGGGAGAAAUUAGAUAACAGUCACUCUUACGGAUCAAAGGGUUAAUUAGUCAACAGCUUUGUCAGCUUUUGCCAAUUCAAAUUCAUUACAGGCCUUAAGGCAACUCUUCCCAUUCAUGAUAUACAAUUCAUUUUGAUCUUAAUCUUCUACAACUGACACAGCCUCAAAACAGCUUACCCGAUGUUAUCCUCUGGAUGAUCAGUGGCUCAACGAGAAUUGCCUACCACAGGAUACCAGCCUACCAUGUCUUGUUUUCACCCAAGGAGGAAGCCUGUGGUAAAUUUUGCGGCAAAACAAUGGAGAUUGAGAUGAAGGUAAUUCACCAAUUGAUUUAGAGGUGGGGACAACAUUUCCGUUUUAGCGGGUCGGUUUCAGAAAAUGUGUGAAGUUUAGUUUUACUCAUGUAAUGAUUUCAUCAUUACAAAGAAAGUCAGAUAUUUUAAAUGCAAUGUCUAUGCGUAAACGUAACUUUUCCCUAAGAGAAUACCGCGGUCUUGUUAAUCAGCGGUAGAUACAUAUGUGAUGCAAGACCAAAGUUCCCGGUAAUGAUGGGAUUACCAUGUGAUACAGAUACCUCCCUCCAUUUGUUCCCGAGCAUUGCCCAGGUUCUUGGUACAGUUAAUCACAUGAUUUCGAGAGGAAUGUAGAACAUAUAAGAACGAAUAAUUACUAUGUUUUCCAAAUUGCAAAGGGACUAUCAUGUGUCCACCUUAUAAAUAUAAUAUAAAUGAAGAAAUCUUGAUAAUAUCGACCAGAAGCAAAACACUCGAAUCACCGAAAUAAGCCUGCAUAUAUCGUUGGGCGUUUGGUAAAAACGCCAUCGCCAUCAAUUUUUUAAAUGUUUUAGCCAAAAGAAAACGUUCAAGUCUUGCUAAAAAAUUGUUUCCUUUAUUUAUAUAUUUAUUUAUUCAUUUUGCAUGGAAUUACCUCUUUUCUUCCCUGAAUGAUCUCCCUUCUGCGGUGUGCUAAUUUAAAACUGGAAGAAAUCCAGUUUCUACUUGUAUUUCAUUAAUCUUCUAAUAGAGAAAGAUGGUAAACAUUUGUUAUAAACAGGCACAAAAACAAACUUUCGUGAUCGGAUAUAGUGCGAACUGAACUAAGAGAAAUCUUUAGUGCGAUAUGCUAAUGACAGAGUUCCCUUUUUUCCCCUUCUAGUACCCCGGUAGGAAGGCCCUAAACAUUGCAGAUCACCCAGAGCUACCCGCAAUCGUCCGAGUCGAGCUGUGGUUCGGACUUGAGCAGUAUCAGAGUAACUGGACUGCACGCGAGCAAAGAGAAGGCGAUCUUGGCGUCUUAGCAGAAACGGUCAGUGCACUGUACGAUUAAUUCUGUGAUUGCUAACGAAAAAAAAUCUGACACACAAUCAGUUUUUCGAAUGUUCAGUCCAGUGAAAUAUUCUAUUCAAUCGUAAUUAUAGCGCUUUUGAUAACGAAAUUGUUACUUCUUUUGCAGUAUGAAAACGAAAUCAAAAUUGGUUUUUGGACAAAGAAAGCCCUCACAAGACCAGGAUUUUCGAAUGCCAGUGGGGAGGUAUGACUUCUAGCUUAACCGACUAAACGAAUUCAGAAUAUCAUUAUCACAGUAUUUUUCCUAUUCUAUCCUGUUUUUCUUUUCUGUCACCUACCUCAUCUGAUAUUUGAGAAAAACGACUAUAACAUGUACUUUGCUGAAAUCUGGUCCGUCCCUUUUAGAUUAAACUAAAAUUAUCAUCCAUUUAUUCAUUGUGUGUCGUUGUCUCUUUGUUGCUUAUUCCUAUAGUUAACAUACUAACAAACAACGAAUGUUUCACGUUUAUGCUUUCCUCUGAGUGUGCUGCAUUUGUUCUUUAUCCUGUAAGAAUUUUUCCAUAACUUAAGUAACUCUUCUGUUUGUAUGUUAACUAAUUAUUAGUUAUAAAUGGUGGUAUUUAUUUUGAUUUUCGUCCACAGCUACCACUACCCAAAAAAAAGUUUCAGGCCCCUGAAGGUUGGGAAUUUGAAGGAGACUGGUACAUAGCUCCGGAAAUGAGGUCAGAUUUGUUUUUAACUUAAACGUUUCCCGCUGCCUUACUGAUUCUCAUUUUCCAAACAUAUUUCCAAAUUUUUAGCCUGAACGAUUAAAAUUACAUAUUUUCCGAUAAAUUUUAUUGAAAUAUUCAAUCGAGUAUUCUCUUUAUUGAAAUUUUCAAGCUCCUUGCUGAUUUCUUGAUCAAUUUUAAAUUGUUACGGGUAGAAAAAUUUGCUGCAGGCCAGGCUACUCAUCGUGCUCUCUUCAUUUGAACUACUUAUGGCUUACCCUUAAAUUCAAAGAAGUGGGUAAAGAAGGCGUGUGAGGGCACAUGUCAAAAGAGUGACAACCUGAAGGAAUAAAAGGACCUGGCCUGCAACACUUUCAGGAAAGGUCCCCCCUCUACUGUAAAAUCAACCUGCCUACCCCCAACCACCUUCAAUACGUUGUCAACACGUUGCGCAGAUUGGUUUAAAACGUAGUAAAACUAAAUUAUGUACAAUGUUGGUCAUUAAGAGUGUAAUGAAAAACAACAAUAACAACAACUCAAACCCUUGAUGGUUAAGUUUAAGGUUCGCAGGUAUACGCAGAUUUCAAAUUGCUUGAGCUUUGUUUAGAGCAUCUUUCUGUCGUUCAUAGCCAUUUAUGUACCCAUCUUGUUUGCUAUCCUGGAAAGUGAUAUUUAUCAGAGAGGUAAAUAGCGCUUAUCACAUGUACUGGUUGGUUAGCUUGGAAGUGAUUAGAAAGUCCUAUUCACCUCCGAGAAGCCGAAAAGACAAAAUCGUGCGUCACAGGUUUAAUUUCCGAGCAUUUUACGGAAUUUUGACACAUUUUUGGGUGGUAUGUACUAUGAUAAUGUUUCUCCUCAGUGUCGGUGGAAAUGGUAUAAAUAAAUUAGUCAUAUCACCACUUAUUAGACUCUAUUUUAAGUCCCGAUGCCUUCGGAAGAUCAAAAAUAAAGGUCUGUAUUUCUCGUUGACGAUGAAAUCGCGUCCAUUAAAGCCGAAACCAGAAAAUUUGGCCUUUGCUUUUGCAUUAAACUGAGCUAAUACUUGUUUUUUCGAUUCCCCUUGCGCUUCUUCUAUGGUAUUCCUCGCUAAGUACCUCAGCACGAUGUAAUAUUAAGUUCUUGCUUAAUCUUCAUGCUUUGAGAAAAUGGAAUUUCGCUGAGGAAGAUCCGUGAUUUGCGACUCUUUUUCGCCGUGAGCCGAUAAGUUUCCUUCUCUCCCGACCUGUUUGUUCGUAGAUUCGUCCAUCACGCUGUUCGUGUGAGUUGCAGUCACUUGAUCGAUUUUGUUUCCAGCCAAUUUUCUACCUACCCACCUAAUAAAAGGAAUUGUUAAAAAUGCUGUUUGGAAUGAACGCAUUCGCCAAGCAUAUAGAAACUGAUUUGUAGCGGAAUUGAGCAGCAGGAACAAAUACUGCAGAUCUCGAAACCAAUGGAUAAGAACGCAGCUACAUGAGUUACACAGGUUAAUUACGUAGACCAUCACAAGCGAAGGCACGCCACAGGCUAAGAAUGACACGAUAAUAAACAGAAAGGACAUCGUUAUCUUCUGUUCCCGUUUAAGAUAUUUUUGCCGAUCACGGUUGCUUCUAAUAUGUUCAGUGUUCUUUUCAUGUUGACGAAUACUCCGAUAGAUACUGAAGUUCACAAAUAGUAGAACAAUGAUGCUAAUCACGACCGCUGUAUUGGCAAAUAUGAAAGCUAGAAGAUAGAAUCCCACUGCCAGGUAUAGUAAUGGAAGACUAAGGGAACAUAUCCACAAAACAACUGACGUUACGAUUGCACUGGAAGCCUUUCCUCGUACGAUGCGGUUUGAUGUUGCCACUUUGUAUCUGUUGACAGCUAGAGCCAGUAUACUUAAAACUGAUGCAGUUGAGCUCAUAAAAUAUGAUACAUACACCACCCAUCUAAGACCAAGGACAGGGCGUUUCAGAGCCUCGCUUGCGUGAUAUCCGACAAAUACAGGCUCAGUUACAGUUCCAACAAGCAGAUCUGCAAUGGCGAGGUUGAGCACCAAGUAGUUAAAGGGAGUUUUGAGGUUUUUCGUCGGGUUCCACAGAACGGCCCAGCAAAUAAGUAGGUUACCGGGUACAGUAAUGAUGCUUAAAAUGGCAGAUACCGUUGUUGUGGUGACAGAAGUUGCAAAUGGUGCCCAGUAAUGGUCACAGAGGUCAGACUGAAAUACCAUUAUGGCACAGUGGGAGAAUCUAAAACGGAAAAAACAUUUUCAACACAUGUAUUUUCCACACUUUUUGCAAAAUCUUUGUGCCUGUAACUUAAAUAACUCUUGAAUAUUUAUUGAAAUUCAAUGUAAACAUCGGAGCCUCCAUUUUAUGGGCUAGAAUUUCCAAAUUUAUGUACCUUCUUCAUUUCUGACCGCUGAUUGGUGCGUUGAAAGACCUAAGUCACGAGAAAGGAAGAACAGUGGUUGUAAUCAGUACUUCAACCAGAGAAAGCUGUAAAUUUAAUACAUGGCGAGGACUCUCCUUUUUCCAUCUUCAUCGGUCUCUGAAUUUCAGAAUAUUCCCAAAAUGUCACGUUUAAGAUAUUUGUGUCUUCCAUGGUUGCUCUCCAAAUUUCAAGCUAAUCCUUUAAAAUUGGGAGAUCGAGAACCCAUAAAUUUUUUUUUAAAAACCUUAAUUAUUUUGUAUGUAAUCAUAUGCCAUUAAGAAUAAUUGCUGAUCGGCAGCGUUUGUAACAAGGAAGCAUUUUUUAAUAACCUACAAAUUUUGCAACACUAGCUGCGGCAUAUGUAUAAUGUUAGGAGAGGUACGAACGAAAAAAAGACACUGAAAAGAAACAAGCCAUAUCCAAGUAAGGAGGCCCAAUACUUAUACCUCGUCACUAAUUGAAUAAUGCCAUUUUUUCCUAUUUGUUUUUAUGUGUCUGUGCCAAAGUUAAAGUUAUUUAGUUAUUUAGUUAUUUAUUUCAGUCUUCAUUCGCAAGAGGGAAACCACAGGUACCCAAGUUUGAAAAAUUCAGUAUUGAGUUGCGAGAUUCGAGAAACAUAUUAGAAUUUUGUCACACAUUGCGUAAACCGACGAGCAGUUCAAAGUGCUACAGCACUAAUUAAAAACUGUGUAGCUCGCCUUUAUUACAGUAUGGUGCAAUACGUAUUACAAAUGCUUAAGUUAUUUCUUACUGACGCCGCAGCUGUUCUCACAAAAUGCGCCGUUAUUACAAAAUGCCGCAACCGUAAUUCCAAAACUGAAUGCGUAAGUUAUUGCAAAAUACGUCGCUAACACAAAAUGUCGCAGAACAUUAUUUGUUGUGUCACUUAAUCAGCUUAAUGAAAGAGAAAAACUAAUUUAUGAUAGGUUAUUGUGUACCGAUGGGUAACGACUGCCAUCAACAUAUGAUGUCUUUAAUAAAAGAUUGUAAAAAAUGCAUACUCCCCAACAAGGGGUUUCGCAGUAUGAAUUUUCAGGGAGCAAAUACCCACUUACAAGAAUGAUAGUUAACAAAGUUAGUAACUUCAGAAAAAACAGGAGCGAAAGUAGAGUAUUGAAUUUGAAUAACUAUUGAAUAGGAUGCUUCGUGUGUUUGGAAGCCAUUAUCGAAGUCUUUACCAGACAUCAGUUAUCGUUUUCAAACGUAGACUUAAGCGUAUUCAAUACAUUGUUUUAUUAAAUUUUUGUUGGCAAAAGUCAUUUUAUCUCGGUGGUAAUUUUACCCAAACCUUAAUCUCCAUACACUUAAGGAAGUUUGUAUCGUCUGGAGACAGGACAUAACUGAAAACUGUAGUGUGUAAACAACGUAGUAUUUAAGAACUACGCUGAACAAAUGGAAUGGGUUGUUUUUUCGUUUUCUCAGUAUUAAAGAUCGUUUUGUUGAAACCGUAGACUAACCGUUGAGUUUAUGUGGUUCACUCGACGUAGGUGAUAAGGGAAGUCGUGUGAAGUUUCCGUUUUCAUUUGCGGUGAAUCUGAUGUAACUGAAAGCGUUAUUUACGCCGCGUUUAAAAAUGCCCGACCACAUGUUAGAAGCUAAUGCACGCUUUUUUUUCCAACGGUAUAUUGUAGCACUAUCUCAACCCCCGCGCUAAUCGGUCUGUGUUUACAGUGAAAACUAUAUCCUGUGUCCUGUCCAUAUUGACCGGACAAUCUGACUCAAGUGGACUGUCUCGUUACAGUCCUUGGAAAGAAGCUUGUGGAGCGGUGAAGAGAUAUAUCAAAUAUGAUAACGCCAUUAUUAAAAAUGUUUACCUUAUAUCACAGACGUUUUACCCGGUUCAUACAUGAUAGGGACUUUUGUUAGUCAAGCCAUACCAGAGUACAAGUAAUACUGACAAACACAGGCUCGAACCCCGCCGGAGCCUGAAUCCUUUUUUUUUUCAGGCUUUUUCUGGACUUCCUGAUUACGGUUUAUCUGCGACGAUCAUAUCUUUAAUUGUCUGUCACCGGCAGGCCGAAAAACAUGAUUAAUUUUACAUACACCAAAAUUUCGGGACACGUGCUGUUUUCAAGGUAAAUUUAAUUUCAAUGCUAAUGGUCUCUUAUAUUUGAACUAAAAUGUUGUCCUUACCUACAUGAGAGUUCCUGACCCCUGGUCAAAACUGUCCGGAGAAAAAGGGAAUGGAGCAAGAAAAAGUAAUUAGAGGGUUGAAAUAAUCACAGAAAGUUCCUAUAGAUACCUAUCUACAUUAUGCAUACAACCUAUCAUUCUGGUCUAUUCUGCCGAAAGAAAUAUAUGAUACAACAGGUAGGAAGAAUAACAGGUCAGGAUUAUGGUUGCAAGUCGCAGAUUCAUUAUUGCAGCUUUGUCGUAUGAAUUGGGAAAUAAGGAGAGGUAUUUUUAAAAGCACGAAGUCUUUUGAUGAGAUCGAAUGAGAUCUGAAAGGGUGAGAUAUUAAAAACAAAUAUAGAUAGUUGCGGUGGCAGCUAAUGGGCCGAUGACGGCAUUAUUAGAUUUUGAGAGUUAAAAUUCUUUAUUGCUAAUGGAGGAUUGUUUGCUUUUCAAGAGUAUGAAAACAUUAAAAAUAGUUUUUUGAGCAUUUUUUGCACAAAUUGAAUGGUGAAAAGAAUAGUUUUGUAACCAUAUUUUAAAAUUCAUUGACGGAAUCUUUCUGCCAAAUAAUAGUUAAGAUCCAAUGAUUUCUUUAUUGACCGAGCUUGUUAGAUCCUGACUGGUGGCAUUCGCGAAGUCGAUCACUGUGUUUUGAUUGGAGCUGGACCUUGUCUCGAGCCAUACAAACGAAGGAAAAGGAGAAAGCUGAGAGGAAUAAUAUCAAGCCAUGUAUACUUUAAAUUCGGUCAAUAACGCGUAGAUGUUUUUCUUGUUAUACCUAGCGAACUACUGGAGGCCAAGUCUCAUACAACGAAAUCGAUGCUGUACUUUGAUGUCGUACGUCCGCGCAAUGAUAGAGAUGAACAUUUGCAAAUUCUUCGUUUCAUUAUUAAUAUAUAAAUAUAUGUAUAUGCGUAAUUUGUAAAAAGAUUGGCAUAGAAAUACGGAAAUAAACUGUCUAACCAGGAGAAGUGGUUAAAAAGAAUAACUACGCGUUAUUCUAGCACAGACACCACUUUGCGUGGAAAAUCAUGAAGAAAAGAAGAAACUAUCAGUGGCGAAAUUGGUGUACCUCUAAACUUCCUUUGUGAUUAGUUGAAUGGUUUGAAGUGUACCACCAGUUAGAUUGGACUACAGCUUUUCUCUAUAAGUGUCGUGCGCGUAUCACAUCAAUUACGAAGAAAAUCGACCAUACCAAACAUCUUGAGCAAGGCUCGACUGAUUUUAUUUUUCAAUUCCAAUUGCUAGCGUCAUAAACACGGGAUUGGGGAUCUGCUUGCGUUUUUGAAUAAAUGAUAUUCACAAUGACCAUCCUAGAUUGCUGAGAUACCUCAGAGGAGAUUUAGUGUUUUGAUUUUCUCCUUAAUGCUCAAUUCGCAUCAUUAAAGGUCAUGAGAACUGGAAUUUUUUUGUUUCGCAAUUUAUCAUAUUUUUAUUGUUAAGUGGUUUGCUUUUAGGUUGCAGAAGAGGAAAAAGUCGCUGUUUCGCAGAACAUCCGGAAUUAGCUAUGAGGUUAAAUAAAUUUAGUAACACUUCCUACAAAGUAGGCACAAAUAUCAAGCACUCACCUUGAUACAGGAAAAGUUGGCUAUGUUGGUGAUACUAUUUUCCUCGUAGAAUCACGAAAAAUCUAGCGAUUUUUGACCACAAUUUUUUUUCAGAUAAUAUUUUUUGUCAGCAGGUGUUUGCGCUUAAGUACUGAAAGCUUAAUAAGGUAUUUCCCUGAGCUAUUUCUUUUCACAAUAUGACGCACGCCAGCCAAUGUAAUUUUCUGACCUUACCGAUGUAUUUCACGCGAUUAUCCUAAUCAGUGUUAAUAGACAUGAAUACAACACAGCGAAAGGAAACGGAAUUGUUUCACAUCGAAUUGAAUACGAUAGCAUCAAACAAACCUGGCAGGAAUAUAUUAAAAAAAAAAAAAAAAAAACAAAAAGCUGAAUAUGUCUGUCCCUGUCAAUUGAGAAAAAAAAGAGCGCGGACCGAUUCGAACAAAGCGAUCGCAGAUAGACACUCAAAUUUAUUUUGAAAGUCGCAGCCUGUUGAAUUAUAACUUAGUUCAGUGUUGAUAUCUAGAGCUAAUUUUUGAAUGUGGGCAUUUACUUACUUAUUGUCUUAUGAUAUCUAGAGCUGAUUUUUAAAUGAGGGCACAGGAGGAACUUUGAAUCAACCAAAAGUGUAUCGAAACGUUUUGUUUCGUUUGAAAAGGUUUUCUUUUGUCGUAAUAAGUAGUGAUAAAGGUGGAUGUUUAUCUGAGAAGGUGCAAUUUAACAAAGCAAGUGUGACUCAGGCAGGUGGUUAUGACCAAUGAGCUUUGAUUGUUUCUUGGGAAUCAUGGCAUGUGAUAUUUACACAUAUCCCUUUGGCAAAAUAAAGUGAUUUAUUUCUUUCAACUACGAUUUCCUGUGGCUAACAAUAGCAGAAGAUUUCGCCCAAUUUAGUGUUGUUCAAUAUUCUUUCUUCGCGUCAUUCUAUCUCAUUGACAAGUUUAGCUAAACGUUUACAAUGAAACAUUUUUAUCCUAUACCGGAUUGUUCACAAUAAUUUUGGACCCAAAUUUUUAUUGGGGAAAUUCCAUUUUUUAGAUCACAAACUUGACGAUUAAGGCUAUGACUAACGUAGGGGAAAAAGAUGUGAGAUUUGAGAUUUGAGAUUUGACGCAACCAUAGCGAAUUAAAAAAAUUGCUUAAUAACCCCUUAUUAAUUUUUUCGCAACCUCUACGCAUGUCCGGGAUGGAUAGAGUGACUAUCAGCUGACAAAAAAUUGACAUUAAGGGGCCAGUCUUUUUUUAUCACGGGAGGGGGUUGCGGAGGAUUUUGGAAGGGGAUAAAAUGGUUUUCAGGGGGAGCAGAGGGGGGAUCAGCUGUCGCUAACCGCAGGGUAUAAAUAUCUGUUGUUUGGUACAUCCUAUUUAGUCAUUUGUUUUGUUCUGAGUUUUGAUGGAACUAACCUACCACUACGAUUCUAUUGUUUAUAAAAAACUUAUGACUCAGUUACUUCAUUUUUUAUCAAAGUGAUAAUUUUUACCUGUAUUUCGCACUUCCAUUAAAUGAAAAAUAUUAUUCUCUAUUUGGUUUUCCAUCAUUAUCAUCAUUAUCUCUGCUAUGUCGGUGGCAGUUACUUAGCCAACACAGUAAACACUUAUAAAAUGUAAAAGUAAUGUUACAUACAUGUCCAACUGUAAAAUUUCCAGUAUAAUGAGAAUUAGUCAAUACUUAUUAACACGUCCUUGUUGAACUAAUGAACUGAGAUAGUUCUUAAAUCGCCAAGAAACUAUAACAAGGAGGAGCUGAUUCCAACCUCAAGCCUAGUUAUGGGAAAGGAGAACCGAAACACUACUUUCUUUCGAUAACGUUUAACAAGAGCAAGCUUAUGGUUAAUCCAUUAAAAUGAAAUAUCGCUAAAUUUUUACAAAAUUUUGCGGAUUUUGUUAUUGUCAAGACCCAAAAUAGUUUUUUUCAGAAAGAUCAACUGAGAUCUUUUCUUCUUUCUACAAGGCUACACCUAUACAGAUUUUCAAAAUUUAUUCAGCAUGAAGGUGACUCUCGAGGACCAUUUAAAGGUCGUUUCUAUGGAUGUGGGUCGCUGUUGUAGGCUUUUUCUUUAGUCAGUAAAUACAAUGUUUAUCUAUAAGCCCGACGCAACUGACGCGCGUUCCUUUUAGGUUAUCUACCAGCUUUCAUGUUAUUAGUCGAGCAUACAAAACUUCUAUUCUUGGGUAUUAAAGUUUGCUCUCUCUUUGCAUAGCUCCGGGGGCACUUACUUUCAGUUCCUGAGAUGGUGUACUGUCAGAUUGAGAUGGCUGUGGCGUCGGAUAGUUUAAGCUUAACUCUUGUCUUCCAAAUUUGUCUACCAGCCAUGCAAUUGCUGAUAUGGUCAUAAAAGCCCUUUUAAAAGAGCGCAUGCGAAAGGCGUAAAGAAACUGAUUCGAAGCAGAGUUAAUCAGAAUGAACAAGAACUGCAAGUCUCGGAGCCAGUGGAUUAGAACACAGUUGCAUGUGUGACAUAAGUUAAUGAUGUAGACCAUCACACAAGAAGGGAAAGAACACAAAAUAAAUGCAACUGCUAUCAUAAGAAGAGAGUUUGUUGCCUUCUGCUCGCGUUGCACUUGCUUUUCUCGUUCCAACUCGCUGCUCUGAAUGUGUGCAGAAGUUUUCCUGUGUCGUUUUAGAAAGUGACACACACGGAAGUAAACGAAAACAAGAACGAUCGAAGUGACAACAACUGCAGCGUUAGCAAAGAUGAAAGCAAGUCUAAAGAAACCAACAACACGAUAGAGAAGAGGAAGACUAAGAGAGAGAAUCCACAGAGAAACAGACACUUUGAUUGUGCGACUAAUGGAAUGCUGUGCACGAUAUAAGCGGUAUGAUCUAACCACCUGGUACCUGUUGACUGCUAAUGCCACAAUGCUGAGAACCGAGACCGUCGAAGUAAAAAAAUAUGACACGUGGACCACCCACUGAACACUCAGGAGUUCUUUUACCUUGAGAGCUUCUUUGACGUGGAAGUCAACAAAGACUGGAUCUGUGAUCAGUCCUAUGAUGAGGUCGGAAAUGGCGAGGUUCACUACCAAGUAAUUAAAUGAAGUCUUCAGCUCUCCGGUUGGGUUCCGUAUCACAGCCCAGCAGAUAAGCAAGUUGCCGGGCACGGUAACAAGGGUCAAGAUAGCGGCCACCACUGAUGUCGUUACAGAGGUCGCGAAUGGGGCCCAGUGAUCUUGGCAGUAGUUGGAUUGGAAGACCAUUUUGUAAAAGUAUGAGGCUAUGAAAAAAUGGAGGCCACAGUGAUCAAACUUUGCUUAAACGCAGCCUUGCAAUUAACUGGCGUCAAAUCCCUGCCUGCAUAUUCUAACCUGAUUUGAUUUAUAAAAGACUCGGAAAAAGUUAUUUUCUGUAAAUGCAAUUGUGUUACUUUCGGAUUAAUUACUGACUUUCUAACUGCGCUACACAAUUCAGUUGAUUUUAUAAUUAAAAUUUUACUUUUCAAAUACUACGCGAAAUACAUGAGUGUUGUUCGCGGGCUCCUGAAUCGACACGACUCGUCAAAUGCAUCUUAUUAGUGCGACUUAGAAUAAAUAGUUGGAGAGGAGGGCGAAUGGUUCGCUGAACAAUUAUCUGAAUCGUUCGACACGUCAGUACGAAUCGCGAAUGGAAGUUACAACUUGUCGGAUGCUUUUAUUUCCUUUGGUUCUUCCGGUAAGAUUUCGAAUAAGAGUUAGUAAUCUACCUCCAAUAAACAGAUUGUGGUGAUUUUUCUUACAACCAUCCAUCUCUCACUUGUUCGUGUAUUUUUUGAAAUUCAUCACGAGCCUCAUUGUUUGCAUUCCUGCACGAAUAAUCUAGUGUGGUUGAAAAUAUGGCAAAAUGUGUAAUUCUUCGCUGCAUGUGCUUACAGAACGAUGAACACAUAUAUUGGCUUUUUUUAUUGCUUUGCUGUACGAUGAAGUGAGUAUUCUUUUUUGAUUUACUGCGCGAGAUAAGGAGUGUUGUUCAUGAUAUAGAGAAGGGAGAACGUUUACUUCCUCAGGGCCCGUGCUUUUAGAACGACGCAUACAAAUCUAGGUCUCCUGUUUGUUUUGCGGUACGAGUUAUGGAAUGUUGUUCAAAAUAUAAAGAAGUUAGGAAGUGUAACUCGUACGCUCAUUUUCCUCAUAGUACAAUUACGUCAUAGACAUAUUGGCUUCCUUGCUUUUUUUUUCCUGCGCGAAAUAUCGAUUGUUGUUCAAAACAUGAAGAAUCGAUCGAUUCCACAAAUCUUUCAGAGCACCCUUCUCCCACCUCUCUUACGAUAUAUUCAGUCGAAGUCCCACAAAUGAGAUGCCUUCCAUGACUCGACCACGAGUCGGGACUCCUAUUCAUGAUUCGUACGAAUCGAAAGAUUUGACAAACUAUUUCAUAAAGCAAGUAAUGCAAUAUUACCAGGGCCUAUACAAAGCCAAAUUCAUGAGGCGACAAUGGCGCUAUUCUUUUCGAGACCAGGAAGCAGUCAAACGACCAUGCACAUACUAGAUUCUUGAAAGACUCACUAGCAUAUCAAGGGGCCGUCGUGUGGAACUUAUUUAAUAAAAAAAAAGAUACACGUAUAAACUCUAAACUCUAAACUCUAAACUCUAAACUCUAAACUCUAAACUCUAACAAACUCUUAAAUCAACCCCUGAGUAUGACAUUCUCGGGGACUACACCUUCCACAGGUUAUCUAACUCUGCCUCUCAAAACAGGCAAAUCGACUACGCUUAUUUUGAAAUAUGUAAUAAUAAUAUAUUUUAUUUAUUAUCACUUUUUAGGUUUAUACGUACAGUUUUAAUUUAAUUUACUUUAAUCGUAAUGACAACAUUUUAUUUAACAUUUCUUCUAAGGGUUAUUUUACAAGUAAUAUGCAUGUAAGUAGUUUUAUUUAAUUAUAUCGAAGUGAACAAGACCCCAAAAGCUUUUAGCUUUUAUUCUUAUCGGGUAAGUGUUAAGGUUCUAUUCAAUUCUAUUCUGCUCGUUCAGGGAACCAUAUUCCUACCUCUCUCAUUAUUUAUUCUACGGAUAAUGGUGCAUUUGUCGGAUUGUCAACUUAGCUUCACGAUUUGUCAACUCAAACAGAUGGACAUGCAGAAAGUAAUUUCGAGUCGUAUCGGUUAUUGAGCAUUGGACAUGUGUAAAGUCGCGUUACGUCGAAAUAGUUUCGCGGAUAAUCACUAAAAGACCACUCACCGACAAGGAAAGUUAAAGUUAGCCGCUAUAGAACUUCGCUGAUAAAAUAUUUCCAAGUUCUUUCAUCUGCACCCCGCUUCAGGCUUAGCUUGAAAAUGACAAAAUCAGAAUUACGUGGGCAAUUUAUGAGAUUUCAAGAGCUGAUAACCGCAAGAAAGUGAAAUACCGCAAAACCUCAAUAGCUGCACAAUAUCGUUUCGGGUCAUGGAUGAUUUUCCGGAUUCUGAAUAAAUUAAAGCGUCACGAUUGGCGUGGAAAAACAUCAAAACAAACUAUUUCCCCCAGCGGGAUCUGGGAAACUAAAAAAGACUUUUCGUCAGAGGAUUUUCUAGGCGGGUAUAUUGUUAAGCCCAAAUAAUGGAAACGCUUGAUCAAGAUAAAUUUGUGAGAACAAAAUUGUUUUAUUUGAUUCCAAACUAAUAAUGUCAGAAGCCCAUUGAUGGCUUCGUGAUAAUGUCAAAUCAUGGCUCGAUGUCAGUUUCGGAAGUUCUGUUUUCUCCAUCUUCGCGCUUCAUUAGAUUUGCAACUUCGAGAUCAAUUUCAAGGUUAUGUUUCGAAUUGACACGUGUUGUGUUUCGAACUCUUGUGCUCUCGCUUCCGGAGAAUCCAGUGCUCUUGAAAAUUUCCAUUUUAUCUCAUUUACCUCACCGCCCCCUUUCAGAACUUUCGCUCAAUAUUCCAUCAUCGUUGGGUUUUCUCCGAAAUUUCAAGAAGGUUAAAUACAGCUGAAUCGCCUGCAAAACAAUAAAGAAAUGAAAAAUUCAUCAUUUUGAGUGGUUUUCAUCGUCAUGCAUAUUGCUUUUCCCUUUUCGAAUUUUUUCUUUGAAAAUAACCGCAAAAUGGCUCUUCUAGUAUCAUCACAUUUAGGCCGUUGUCGCAAAUCUUCAACUAUCCCAGUUUCCCACGAUGUCGUUUUUCAUUCUCUAAUACUGAUGAUCUCAAUUUUCUUAACAUACAAUCAGUAAAAUAAAACCAUCGAAUCCAAGCUAAUCCAGCCAUUAUCUUCAACAUAGAUACAACUUGUACCCUCUGGUACUCUUUGUAAGAUUUCUAUGCUCAAUCCAUGUGAAAUAUCUUAGUUCUUCUGAAAAAUGGACAAAUCAAAUCUCAGAAAUUUUCAGAUUUUUCCCUGUGGAUCCCAAUGUUCUUAAAAGAAUUCUUUUUUUUUGUUUUUCUUUGUCUUGAGUAUGUUUGUUUGUUUGUUCUUCAAAUGUUUAGUUUCCAAGGGUUCGAAACAACUUAAUCACACGUAGAUAUCUUAUCACACGAAUUCAAAACAUGCCUCCAUGCGUCUUAUCAAGUCAACACUAAUAUUCAGUAAAAGCUAGAGGUUAUAUGGGGUACCCUCAUUUUCUAAAAGCACAUGACAACAAUUAAGACCCAUUGACAGCUACAGAAUCACAUGAACUUUUCUUCCGUCUCAGCAACUCUUCAACGUUAUUUUCACCAUUGCUGUUACUACAAAUACCCACAACAACCUGAAACAUCUUAAUAACAACUUUGAAGACAAUAAUAACAACAUUUUGUUUAUGUGAGUUUCAGACUUGAUGGGGAAUGGCGUUUUGAUUUUCCAUGCCGAGCAGUCAAUUCGCUAGCUUAAAAUGGCUCGUGUUCAAAUAGUGCUUGUUCAGACUUGUUUAAUCUGAACAAGCCAAUUGUUAUCCAAUGUUGAACCUAAUUUCAGAUACAUUGCUGUGAAGUGUUCUGUCUACUUAAUUAUAAUUGCAUGAUUAUGCGUUGCAAAAUUUUCAUAAGACUGGCUAUGAGGGCGAUUUUCCAUGUAUGUGCUGAGAUCUAUAAAGAGUGACUCGUCCACGCAAACGGAUUUGUAUGGGGGCUAUUUAUCAGUCUGGAAGUUUAUGAAAACCUAGUUAAUGACAGUUUUCACACUAUUAUCUGAAAGUAUUCCAGCUGCUGUGUUUCUAGGCCUGUUGCCAGAGCCUUAGCUUGUAGCCCAUAUUUGCAACCAAUUUUCCUAAAAGUAUUUAAUACCAGAAAAAAGACUUCUAUUUAAAGAUGCAUACCCACCAGGUUUUCCCUUCCAUUUGAAUCUUUACACCGACAUUCUUCGGAGAAAUGGUAAACAUUCGCGUUUACUCGUAUCAAGUCGUACAAAGCUCAAAAUCUACCAUCUUUCUUAAUUUAUCAACUCCCACGACGCUUGUUCGAGAUAAGAAAAUGUUAUGACUCGGGACCUAUUCCCAUUAGCAGACAAAACUAGAAUUGUCCCGACAAAAUCAAAGGACAAAUUUUUGUCUCCACUGUUGCAUUCGCACUAAAAAUGUCGAAGCUGUCAAAAAGCCGUCAAAUUCGGUUAACAGCUUAAAAUAACGCCGAUAUCAUAUUUCACUCAGCUGUGCGCGCCAAACCAUUUAACGUUUUGGCGGGACAAUGGAACACGUUCAAAUGUUUCAACUUGUGGCGUGUUUCUUGCUUUUAAAUUUCGCUCAGAUGGCAGACGAAAUGAUGCAUAUGAUGAGCUUAGUAUUAAGGCAUCAAUUUCUAAGACAUCAAUCAACUCUUUUAAUGGUUGAACACCGUAGAAGACGGAAACGCUGGGCACGUCGACACGACCCGUACUUUGCGGAAGUACUACAAUGACCGAACAAUUCCCGUGGAGAGUUUUUUAGUAGGCAACUGCGAAUGAAUCGUUGUACCUUCGAUAUUCUGUUGAAUGUUUUGCAACCUACUGUAACACGCGAAAACACAAAAUUGCGUGACUAUAAUUCUCCAAUGGAAUAAAAUAUUCCAAUCACCGGGAUUCACCUUAAGUCAAAGUUGUAAAAUCUGCGAGUUUCGCAACGAAGGACAAUUACUGCAAUCUUAUUGGUAAAAUGAACCCAAUUCAAUUACCACACUAAUGGUAGCGUUUACGACAAAUGAUAAACAAGUUUAUCACAGUUUUGUUUAUUUAGUAGAUGUUGCCAAGCUUUUACCCGGGACAGAUUUUGUCUGCGGUACGUUUGAAAAUUUGUUCGUUUCGGCAAAAAAUUGUCAAGUCGCGAUAAACCAUCCGCACUUGUAAAGUGUUAGUGAUGACAGAAAAUUUGUCUAAAUAAACAAUUUUGUCGCUAGUGCGGAUAGGCCCUUAUCUCACCAACGAGUUCUUUGAUCUGUAGCCGCUCAGGUGGUGGAGCAAUCCACCUUGAUUUUUCGUGCUCGUUUCAAAAUGGUUAACAUCUUCCUUUAAGCAACAACCGCGCUUAAAAUAAAGCUUCACCAGCCCUAAAUAUAUAUAAUUAUUGUGCCUGCUGUCGUUAUACGCACCGCGUUCUGGCUGCGUCUUUGAAUAUCUUUAUAAACAAACACUUACAAUGCUGGAAUUUUGUCAAACUGCUUGUGAACUAAUAAUUUUCCAGAAGCAAUCUAAUCUGGGAUUAUAUUACUAACUGUUUUCCAUCUGAAAACCCAAACUGAUAAGUGCAAUGAUAUCAGGUUUUUAAGGUCAAGAAAGAGCGAUCGCCAAGGGAGGAGAUCUUUAAUGAGGGUGAAUCCCUCAUUAACGACAAAUUAUCACGCAAAAUCAAAUCCUGUAAUAAUAGUUGAAAGAAGUAGGAAUCUUCUGGUCAUAGCAUUUGCUUUAAUCGCUUUGGAUUACCCUGGAAAAAUUACCACCUUCUUUAGCCAUUAGCUAUUUUUGAAAUCACAAAUACAUCUUACUUUAUUUCAUUAGUUUGAUGUUUGACCGCGACUCAGGCCACAAAACGUUCUUAGAGGAUGCAUUUGAAAACGAGGCGAGGAUGAUUCCUGGGGGGAACUGGAGCCCAGCCUCUGCACCUUGGACGAAUGUGGUAAGUCUGUGAUAUUCACAAUGCACGCUGUUUCAAGUUUUUUUGUCUUAUAUUCAUUUUCUUUUUGCGUGUAUCUGAGAUGUCUUGGACUGUCAAAUGUUUAUCGGCCAAAAAUUGUGUUAAUAAUCUUUUUUUUCCUGUUUCACAGCAUGGUGACAAAAUUGACGAGAAAGAGAAGAUAAAAUGUUCAGAAGGCUGGGAAUGGACCGGAAACUGGCAGGUCGAUGACAAUAGAGCUGUAGACGACGAAGGUAUCGUUAAGACUGAAACAUUAAGUUAAUUUAAACACUACUGUACACAUUUAAAUUCCAAUAGCAAUUACAAAUUGAGAAUCGACCCAAAAGCCAAGACCAGUCAAUUUAAACGUUAGUGCUCCGAUGCACCCCUCCUCCUAGAUCACGCUGUCCCUAAGGAACAACAGUAUGCUCAAUUUUUUUGUCAUUAUUAUUUUUUAAACAACAAAAAGCAUCUUCAAUUUCGUUCAUCAAAGAUACCUGUCACCUCUUAGCCGCAUGUAUUGAUGACAAAACAAUACAGUUUAUGACCAAAGGAAAGAACAGAGAGAUUCAAGAGGGCCAAGUUGUUCUCGAAUAUGAACUAAUAUUGGCUGCAUUUGCAAUUUAUGUAAUGCAUUAGUUGGUUGAUUGACAGCUUUCUUAAAUUUAGGAUGGGAGUAUUCUGUCGAUGUAUCAUACGGAGUGUAUGGUGCCAUUCAAAAGGCUUACCAUUUGGUGAGGAGAAGACGAUGGGUCAGGGAGAGAUUAUUGAAAGAUUCAAAGGCUGCUAUCAAACAAGUAGGUCAAAAAUAACCGUAUCUUGAUCUGAGUUACCGAUAUAUAUGCAUGUGCUCUUGUAUGAAGGGGGUAGGAAUACAACAAACAAAAAAUAAAGAACCUCAUCUGCUUGAAACCAAGGUAAUAAGUUACUGUUAGCUCAAGAAUUCAUUAGUGCGCCUUGAAUUUCGAUUGAAGGGUUUGCACCCAAUUUUCAAAACUUAGCGAGACCUAAUCUUGCAACAAGCCGAGACUUGGGACGGUUUUUUGAGAAUCUCAAAUGAAUACAUUAACAUGGGGUUUUGUCCAGCCUUAAGUCUUGUUUCCAGUAAGAAAAUUUAAGCGUUCCCUUGUUCCGUAUGCUAAAUGAGAUUUUUCAGGAAUGCUGAGGGAAUUUCGCAUGAGGAUUGUUUGCUUGGAAAAGAUACAAGUGGUAUGCUUCUGCAUAACAAACGCUUUUUUUUCUAAUUUUAGAAAGAGCUUGAAGAAUUCGAGAAGGAAGGAUGGGAAUAUGCCCCAAUUUUUACGGCCAAAUUCCACCACAAAGAAAGGAAGAUUGAUUUCGUCAGGCGUCGGCGAUGGCACCGAAAGAUGGUUGCAAAGGGAGGAAAGGAAGCCAAAGUGUCCAUGCCUCCUGUGUGUCUUCUCGAGCUUGAAGACGAGGUGAGAUCUACAGCUAUGGAAGUGCAAUCAUAUUUUUCAUUGAUUGCAAAGAUCAAAAUACAAAGACAGCUUGACCUAUAAACUGAGUAGCAAAUCAUAGCAGAGGUAAGAUUCAUAAAGGACUGAUGAAGAUCAAGGAAUGCGUCAAACGGCCAAAAGCGCCGCGGGAAGCCUGUAACAAAUAAAUGGUUUUUUAUAGCUUUAUAGGUGUGUUUGGUGGAGAAAAUGACAAGAGUUUUACGAAUACAUACAUACAAAUAUACUUUGUUAGUAUUCCCUAACUAAAAGGGGCUUUUAAAUACUAAACAGCAAAGAACAUUAUAAUUAAAAAAUGAAUAAAAUUUAAAAAAAAGCGGUCAAUUAAAAUAAUUCUCUAGCAUGUGCGUAUUCAACUUUCUUUUAAAUGAUGUUAAAGGUAACUGUUUAAGGUCUUUGUCUAAAUUGUUCCAAAUGAUAACUGCUCUAUGAAGGAAACGUCGCUGGUCUGACUUUGUCUUGCUUGGAGGAAUAUCAAGGGAUUCUCUGUUUCUAGUGUUAUGAUAGUGAAUAGACUUGCGCCUUCGGAGAGACUCACACAAGUAUGUGGGGACCAGGCCCUUCAUGUACCUAAGCGUCAUUACAGUGUCUCUGUAGUGGAUAUGCUCAUUUACCGGUAGCCCUUUGAUCUCGCGUAACGCAGGUGUCAUGUACUCAAAUUUCUUGGUUUUUGUGAUGAUUCUGCACGCGAAAUUCUGAAAAGCUUGAAGCUUCUUGAUAUUUGUGGCAGUUGUGUUCGACCAAAGUGUAGAGCAAUAGAACAAUUUGCCUAGGACUAGAGCGGAAAUGAUCGUGCGUAUGUCACAAGGCGCAGAAAUAAUCGUGCGCAUGUCACAAGGCGUAGAAAUAAUCGUGCGCAUGUCACAAGGCGUAGAAAUAAUCGUGCGUAUGUCACAAGGCGUUGAAAUAAUCGUGCGCAUGUCACAAGGCGUAGAAAUAAUAUUAUGGAGGAUGUAGGAAGUGUGACCCAAUCUUCCUGCUCUAAUGAUUAUUUUCUGCGGUUGAACCUUUUAUCAACUGGAUUUCUCUUUUCUGACUUGUUAUAAAACUCGAAAGACAAAUGUUCUCGCAUUAUUCUCUUAUUUUAAACAGGAGGAGAGUAAAAGUUGUUUAAGGAAUAUUCCAAGAAUGUUUGUUACUUUCGAAAGUAAGUUAAAUAAUUUCAAAGUUUUUCCAUGUAAAUGUCUAUUUAUAUUAGCUGUAUAGUCUUGAAAUCAAGUGAAAUCUGGCUAACAUUGAGAGGUAAAACUCACUUUCUUUAAAAAUGAAUAAAACACGAAUAAAAGACCAAGAAUAAUAUGGGACCAAGAACGGCAUAUUUUCAUUAUAAGUGUUCUUAAAGGACUCAGCAGCUUAUCGAGAAAAAGCAAGAAAUUUUAAUUCAGAUUCAUUUUAUUCUUGUUUUCAGAACCUCACAAGUAUCAGAUGUGGGCCUAUAUCUAUCAAGCACGUGACCUUCUCGCCAUGGACGAGAGUGGGAUGAAUGGUAAAGGAAAUAUAUGAAAAACUUUUUACCACAUUGCUAGUAAUAUUGCAAUCUGAUUGGCCAAUUUGCUGUUGUUUAAGAGAGUAGAGACAACGCUGCUCGCGUCAACGUGUCGCGCAAUGCUUUUAUGGAUGACUCCAAAAUAUAUUUUGACAUCGACGUUGUGGUAAAAAACAAGUCGAUAGUGGUUCAGUGCGAUCUGUCCUCUUUUCGACAACGAUAUUCGUCAUCACAGUGGUCAAAAUCUGUUGUGAACUCACUCGGCUGCGCCUCGCGAGUCGAUAAGCGUAUGGAUCACGUUAAACCACUACCGUACUGACACGGAUUUAUUUGCUUGAUUUUUUUUUCUCCAAACAUCAGAUGCCUACGUUCGCGUGGCAUUUUGCAAGCAAAGUGCUGUAACAGAAGUGCUGACCCAGACUUUAUGUCCUACCUGGGACCAAACGCUCAUAUUUGAUGAUGUUGAAAUCUAUGAGAGCGUGGAGAAUGUCGCCAAAAGCCCACCGAGUGUGGCGGUGGAGGUUUUUGACAAGGACUCUGUGGUACGUUUACAUACAAUUAAAGUAAAAAGCAGUGAUACUUUUGAGAUACUUAAUCAAAAGAACUGAUGAAGUGUGGUUCCUAUACUUGAUAGCGGACAGUACGUUUGUUUUGUGCAGAUAUUUAGUCAUACUUUGAAGAGUAAAACUUUUAUACCGUUUGUAAUGGUUUCGGUUAUUAAUAUACAGGAAAAAUCUUGAGGUUUAAAACACGGUCGUAGUGUUUUACUUCAUAUUGGAUUAUAAUAAUAGAAGAACCUUUUUCUACAAGGUCAAGCAAGAGGCAUUGCACUGAAAAGUGCCUUCCAUUUAUUGUUGGAUGUUAUCUAUCUUUACAAAUCUAAUCGAUGAGACAUUUCGUACUGAGCUUUCAUUUGAAAAGUGAUGGUUGUUUCAUGACGUACGCAGGGCAAAGAUGGCUUUCUCGGCCGCUGUGUGAUGUCACCUACGGUACGUCUACAUGGACACGAAACUCCUGAGCCGCGGCUGCAGUGGUUCAAGAUCAAAAGAGGAGACGAAGAAGGAGGAGAUCUUUUGGCUGCUUGCGAACUUUUCCUUGUAAGAGUCUUGGAUUUUUUUUUAUGUUUCCCCAUUUUUCGGCAUUGCGCACAGUUACGGUUUUCACUCUGUUUAUCUCUUUCGGAAUUCGCACUAUGUUGACGAGCCAAUGCUAAGAUAUGAAGCAGUUUCACCAAUGUGAUGCGGGGGUUCCAGGGGGGUUUACAGCAUCGUGUUUGUGUUCAAUUACCCGAGCAUAGAGAACUCAAGUACCUGAUAAACUCAGAUGCUCACAUCUCAAGGCAUGUGGACUAAGAAUAUAAAGUUGAUACUUUAGUCAGAACAAAGAGGAGUAAAAAUUCCUCUUAAGGAUUGCCUAUUUUUUAGUUCAUAUUUUGUACGUUUAUUGUAGUGAAGAUAUCAGAAAAAAUAGUUUAAGAGGUAUUCAUCUUUUAUUUUUAGGAUGAAGGUGCAGAGUUACCAUUCACCCCACCCAUGAGAGGAGACUUAUAUGCUGUGCGAAGUGGUGUCCGUCCAAAGUUACAACGGUCAGCGAUUGAGGUCAGCAAUCGGUUUUAGCUUCCUACUUUAAUUUCAAGUUUUCGUUGAUUUGGAAGAGAAAUAAUUUUGAUAUCCAAAACUUGACUUUAUCACAGCCGAAAAGGUGUUUUUAUAUGUAGUCAUGUCGCUCGACCUGCUCUAUAUAUCUUACGAAAGUAAUGAAGCCAAACGCAAACAGAAAAUCAAACGAAACCUUUUUACUUAGAAAAAUAAUAUCAAUCAAAUAACAGCGAUCCGACUUGACGAUGGAUUAUUUCGUUAAUUGCGCAUGAUGAAAUGCAAACUGUAUAACACCAAAAUAUUAGCGUUUUGAAACCAUAGUUGAGUUGAAAAUAUUCUACCAGUCUUGCCGAGCUAUUGUCUUUAAACCACUAUCAUGUACAGGUCUUGUGUUGGGGAGUGAGAAACAUGAAAAAGUUUGAACUAACGAGCGUGACGUCACCAAGUAUUGAGUUCGAGUGUGCCGGAGGACUGGCGCAGUCUGAAGUCAUCAAGGAUACGAAGAAGAACCCGAACUUUGAGAAUCCCGUUUUGACAAGAAUGAUUGUGGUAAUUACGAAUACCUAUUUUGAAUAGAGAAAGUUUGUAUAUUAAUCUUGCUUUGGUAAGCAUGCAGGUGUCUCAUAUAUGUAACAACCGAUUUUCCAAAAUAAAAGGGUAACAGGGAAAGUGCUGAAUUUUGAACCAACCUAUACCUUUUGGGACUAUUACAUUGACCCUUUUCACUCUCUGAAACGCUUUAGUGUAUAGUUUAUACUAAAACGAUGGAAACCAGUGUUUGUUGUCACUGAAAACAAAUACAUUGAGAAAAGCAAAACAUGAGUUAUUUGAAAACUAGUCAUUUUGGAAACGCUGUCUCUGGCAUAAAGAGCUUCAAAGGUCUGAAUACGGUGACUGAAAAGAGUCAAAAAUUCUCUCUUGCGUCAGCGUUUUCAAGAAUUUUGAUUUGGAAGAUAAGCGAAAUUGCAUCAAAGAGUGUGCGUUUUGAAACCGGAAACUGCAUCGAUAAAGAAUUCCAUUGAAAUUGUAAUGGUAAGGAAGGGGAAAUAAUAUGGUGAAAACGUUAGCGUGAUUGAAAGUACUUUGCUAUGUUAUCGAAAUGAUAGCAGGUAAUUUUGUAAAGGCUCUAGUGUGGGUGGAAUUAUAUUUUUCUUAAAGAACUGUCAACACCAUCACAUUGUCAAUAUUACGCCAUAUGCAGCUCAUAAACAAAACACUGAGUUCCAUCAUAAGCCCUUCAAGUCAAUCCUUUCUUGAUGUUUUUUUUUUUUUCAUAGAAUCUUCCCGUGGAAGAAAUCUAUACGCCAGCACUUAACAUCCGGGUCCGUGACAACCGCUCUUUUGGUCGUCGACCAAUCGUCGGCGUUCAUUCAGUGAGAUCCAUCCAGAAAUACCGCUGUUCAACGCCGCAAAUCAUUGAGGAAACUGACUCUGGCCCUCAAGGGUCACAAAAGCAAAGUAAGCUUCCACUGAUUAUUGGCUUUUAAUAAUGAGGCGAGACCAUUCAGUCUUGCUGUUAAAAGUCAAUAAUCAAAGUUAUUUAUGUCCUCGUGAGUUAAAUUAAGACAACAAGCUCCCUUUUAAAGUUGUAAAACUUGCUUCCUCUUGUUCUCUGAAAGUUCACACGAUGUUUAACGGUUUUCUCUCUUGCGAAUUAUUUGCUUUGAGAUUUUUACGGUAUUUUUCUUACUAUUUCACCCUUUGAUUUUGUGUUUAGGGAUCACAGAUAACGUUUCAACCAAAAGCAAAGAGGGUUCACAUGUUGUCGAUAUCAAGGAAUCGAAAAAGGUCAAGAAAAAGGUACAUGUCAAUCUUCACGUAAGUGAAACGUAAACGUACUUUCCAGUUUUAAUUAAGCUCUGACAAUUGAGAUACCAUCACCACUGCCUUUUGAGCAAAUAAAGAGCUUAACUAAAGACGCGGACGGCAACCGGAAUAAAUUCAUAUCUGAUGUGUUUUAACGCCAACAUAUCGACUGUACCGUCGUUUCUUUUGGAUUCUAAACUAAAUUGUAAUGACCAAAAUGGUGUAGCGAGCAUUAGGAUUUAGAACUUUUAACUUCCGGGUGCCGUCUGUCUCAGAAACGUUUGUGCUUAAGCUCCCUAUUAACCUUUGUAGCAAAUUAACGGUGCUCACGGGCGUAGUUAGAAUUUUCUAAGGGAGGGGGGGAAACGUGGUGAAGAACUGCACCCGUUAUGCUAAGUGGCUAAUACCAUUUCUUUACACCUUGUGAAAAAGCAAGCUCGUAUUCACGCGGCGCGAAGGACAGGCAGCCGUAGAGUGUCUAGCACUAGAAAACAUCUAUGUCGUAAAUAUUCAGAAUUACGUUUUUACACAAACCUGAAACAUAAGGUUUGUCAUUAGGAAAGAUUAACACAUAAAGAGAGGGGCACGGGCACCCCAGGGGUCUCCCUGGUUUCCACGCCUUAGUGCUACGGUAUGUGAAGUUUUUUGUAGGAUAUGUCUUUUUGUUUCAUGUUUUCUGUUUCAGAAAGAGAAGAAAGAAGAAAUCCUAGAGGAGUCCCUGGAUUGGUGGUCGAAGUUUUUCGCCUCUAUAGGCGAUGAAGAGAAAUGUGGUGAAUUUCUCAACCUAGGAUACAAAAAGAUGACGGUACUAAGUUUGGCUAGCUUCAGGCAGCGAGGAAUAGUAUUAACAGUGCAAUAUAAAUAUAUCUUCUCCAACCCACUUUCUUUUCGCCCAUGCUAUCGCCUUAGCUUUGAUUGACGUAAUUUGGCUUUUGGAGUUGACCGUCUUAGAAAAUAAGCCUUGUACUCUAGUCAUAUUAAUUGCAAAAUAUUUACUUUUAGAAGUAUCAAUCAAUUAAAUCAUGGCGUUUAAAUUCAAGGUAUAUCAAACUGAGCUGGAAAAGGUGCAAGAGUUUAAUGGCUUUGAGGACUUUAUAAGUACGUUUCCUAUUUACCGCGGAAGAGCGAAAUCGCGGGAAGAAGAGGCAGAUACCAUUGUCGGGGAAUUUAAGGUAAAUAAUGUUUUUGCUGCUUCAAAAAGCGAGCGCAUGUUACAUUUUUCUAGAGGUAAAGUACGACAACUUAUUAAAAAUAUCAAUUUUUUCAGGGAACAUUUAGAGUGUAUCCGAUGCCAGAAGAUGAACAGAUUCGUCCCUUACCAGAUACUGUUUUCACGUAUCUCCCACAGAGCAAACCUGUAGAGUGCAUUGUCCGCCUGUAUGUUAUCAAGGUAAGAGAAACAGAGCGUGAAUUAGCCAUCAGUUAGUUAACUUGAAUAUACAUUAGUGUACGGUAAAGUUAACUGAAAAAGAAAGAGGAAGACAAGAGUUUGUUUCAAAUUACGCAUGAGUCAAAACGCAGGCAUAAUAAAGUACACGUACACAAUUAACGGGCACCUUUGUCAUAUGCUGGUACUGGAGAAAAUAGCAGUUUUGAAAACAGUUAUCUGGUCUACCGAUAAUUCUACAACAUAGAAAACUCAUUUCACUUCAUGUAUAUUUCUAGGCUUUGGAACUUCAACCGAGAGAUGACUCUGGAACAGUAAGUUUUACCAGAAGAUUCUUAAUUUUAAAUAGAUCAUAGUCUAAUAAAGGAACUAAGCGAUGUAAUAUAAUAAAUAAAGAAAGAAAGAUAAACCGGAGAGGAACUUUAGAGAAAUUUUAAUGUCAUUAAAAUGAGGACCAGCUCUAGAGCUUGAGUUGAAGAGUAGAGUAGUUCGCAAUUAAAAUAUGGUUUCUAUCUUUGACAAACUUCGCGGAAGUCAUGUAAUGUAAUAUAACAGACUCGAAGUAAGUUUAUAAAAUGCUGUUUUUGCGAGGUCCCUCGGUGCAAUUCAAAGACUUCUGUAAUAAGAACUUCUUGAAAGAAACGGAAACUCAUGACGAACAAAUAAGACCACGUUACAAAAGUUUGUUUGCUUAUUUUUAUCUAUUAAAAUGGAAAUUUUAUUAUUAAGUCACUAAGUGCUGUUAUCAGUCUAAAUAUUUAGCUCACUUCCAAACGUAUGGGACGCUGACCACUUGUGCGCACACUCACUCGACAGUAAAUGACCUACACUCUACCUUUCCAUUUUUCCAGGCCGACCCAUAUUUGGUAGUCACCUUAGGGGACCAAACGUUUGAUGACAAUGAUGUUUAUAAACCUUACACAGUGAAUCCUGUCUUUGGAAGGUAAGCUUACAUGUACUGCGUCUGACAAUAAAAUUCUUGUACCAUGUCGCGUAACCCAACACUAACGGCUAACUUUUUCUCAGUUAACUGCUGAAGGGAUAUGGGAGGGGUAGGUGCACAGCUGUUUAGACGCUCACAUUGAUCCCUUUUUUUUCAGCGAGAUCAAGAACGUGAUUUUUAGAUUCAAAGUUAAAAAAAGAAGCUCAGAUGUGUGAUGUAAAGUAAAGUUUCAAAGUUUUUCAAAUGCGCAGCGAGCAGGAGAUUUUUGGUGGUCGAGAAAUCACCAGAUAAAUAAAUUUCAAUUUUCUACUCAUCCUCGAUACAUAUUCCGAUGCGAUAAACAUCCUCUGUAGUACAGAGAGCUUUUGUUUCAUGUCACCUCAAACCCUGCACUAAGACCCGGUUAAGAAGACUAUAUAAGUUCUCUUUGCACAUAUUAAUCAAAAAUUACUAUUUUUUCGCGUUUGUUUUCAGACUUUUUGAAUUUACAGCUACCGUACCUCUUGUCAAAGAUCUCAAAAUCGCCGUUAUGGAUUAUGACCUCAUCGGACGAGAUGACGUCAUCGGUGAAACACAGAUCGAUUUAGAGCAGAGACUUUUGUCUCGAUAUCGUGCUUCUUGUGGAUGUUCUAAGAGUUACUGCAAGUAAGAACUUCUAACGCUUAGGUAUCUCUUUCGUGGAUUAUCCUUUCAGUUGACACCUAUCUUCCUUCGUUAGAUAAUAAAGGGGAAAACAGGAUCCCCUUUUUUAAGGGUGUUUGUCCCGAGCCUCAAAGGCAGUGAUAAGGUUCGAGACAACAAAGUUUGUACCGUCAAGCAAAUGCUACCAGGUUCGAAAGGCAUUCCCUUUAACCUUGUACACCCUAUGAUCAGUUUUCAUAUUCUCAACACUGUUCUCCUUACAUUUCCUACAGUGCCUGCGAGGAGAAUUUGCUUGACAGUCAGGAGUAACUUAAAUUUGAGAUCAUUUCCUUUAUUCUCUUUAUCUCAUGUUUGAGUUAAAGGUGAAACUGUAAGGAGAAAUUUGAAGCCAAUCACUAGUAGCUUAAAGGGUUAAGUUAGCACAUACCUACGUAGUUUUUAUAGGAGAGUAUUCCCCUGGUGGCCUGUUGCUAGGGGUAACGGGAGUAUAAAGUGAGAGGUUAGAUGACACAGCUCACCUUGAUUUAUUACGGUUCAUUAGUACAUGUAUAUCUAUUGACGUUUAAGAUCUGGUCCUAACAAAUGGCGCGAUGGGCGAAAACCGAGAACAAUCCUGCGAGACUGGUGCGUCAUGCAUAACAAGAGUCUUCCAGUGUAUACGGAUGAACCUUGCUCUGUGACAGUGGACGAACAAACUUAUACUCUGGCUGAGUUUGGUUAGCAUUAUCAUCAAAUUUUACUCACGGCACUAAUUUGUUUAUUUGAUUGACUUUACAAUCUGUCCAUAACUGAUGAUUCUUUUAUGAUGUAUGAAUGAGGGCUUUCCUUGCCUUUAGUUGCAUCAUGAUGACACAUCUGUGUUGUUGUCUGACUCAACUUAGCGCAUUUCAUGGAAAUAAUUCCAUGGUGUAGUUGUAAGUAUUGAUACGAUAAUAGCUCAAAAAACUUUGGGAACCAAUGGGCGAUCUUACUAAUAAAGUAACGUAUUCUUUAUAGCUCAUUGCAGCUAGGGUUCGUUACCACCUUUCUCCUGUUAGGUUUUGUGAUUUGGUUAAUUUGGAUUUAGUUUAAACCCCUAAUCUUUAUAUGACUAGAUCCUGCAACAACUGUCAUCAAUAGAACAUCUGCUUUAAACAUCAUUUAAAUUAUCUUUAUUCCUCGACACGGUUUGAGAUAAUUUUUAAUUCGGAUCUCUUACUUCGUUCGGAUUAUCCCUUGGAUUUCGUUAAGUACUAAAUCCUUUUUCAAUUUUUUUCAGAGGAAGGAACAAUAAUCCAUUCGUACCUUGGGAAACAACAAAGUCGCUUGGCUCUGCAUGUCCUCAAUAAAAUGAACAUCGUGCCCGAGCACGUGGAAACAAGGGGUCUGUAUAACAAAACACAGCAACCGACCAUGGAACAGGUAUAGAGAGUCCCAUCAUAUGGCACGACGCGAAUAUUCGGCACUUAAAACCUUCACAUGAAAAAAAUUCCUUUACACUGGCCACUUCUGAGUUUUAGAAACCUCCAUUUUACAAUUGAGGCAUGGUGCAAACCUUUCAAAGGCCUUGUGCACUCGUUUUCGGGAGAAGUCUCAGUCACCUCGAAGAAGACUAGUUACCAUUCCCAAAUUUACAAAGUAUAUUCCCAAAGUACAAGAACCGCGUUACUAAUUAAAGAGCAUGGAUGAUAACAAUAGCUAGGAUCUGUAUGAUAAACUUCCUUGAAGAGGCCUUACGAAAAUUAAACCCUAAGCAAUUUAUCAAAAGCGAACCCUCAUCGGAGAAUUUUCACUAACGCUCUCUUAUAUCCGAAGUCUUAUUUGUCCCCAACGGAGUCAACCCCAUUUCAAUUGUUGCACUUGUUGCUAUUUAGGAUUCAUACGAUCUGAAAGUUUCACCCUCGCCGUAUCUUCAAUUUUUCGGCCCUUUACUACUUAAUGUCUAAUUCUUUACCGCAUUCUCUUUCGUGCUAUUGAUCUUUUUUCUACAGUUACGAUACUUAUCUUUUGUUUCUUGGCCCUUUAUUUCUAUGUUUGUUUGUUCUUUCUUGUAUUCUUUUUCGUGCUAUUGAUCUGUUUUCCACAGUUACGACACUAUUCCUUUGUUUUUCGGCUCUUUAUUUCUCUGUUUCUCUGGUUCUUUACUUUAUUAUUUUUCGCGCUAUUGAUAUGUUUUCCAUAAUUACGAUGUUUAUUCUUUGUUUUUCAGGGAAAACUUCAGUUAUGGGUUGAUAUUUUUCCAGCCGCAGAGGGCAAAGCACCUGCUGCGGUUGACAUCACCCCAAGAGAACCUCAAGAGUAAGAUCUGCAUGGUUUUUGUUACAAGAAACUGAGCAUUCAGAUUUGUUUUAACUGAUGAUUGCACGUCGUUUUCCUCAGCUAGUUUUCAUUUCUUAGACACAAAUUGACAAGGCUUCGUGACCGGUAUGAAUAUAAUAUCUCUUAAAUGUUGAGGUCUAGCCAUUUGUUUGCAGAAUGAAUGAAUUUUUCUUGAUUUUAUGGGACAUUAGAGAAAUUAUAUGAUGUUACAAAAAGUAACGAAUUGAUGGACUGCUCUGAAUGUCAACGGUACUUCAAGAUUCUGUGUAAUUGGUUCAAAGCAAAUCGUGCCAUCUUAAUUCACAACCACACAUGUGCAAACCGUAUUAAGACUUAUCAGUUUGCCACUGUGUCAGACCUACCGCGAUUUGGUCACUCACGUUUUCCUACAUUGGACACCGUUUACAUUCUUUUUAGUUUGAGUUUUCAUCGGUUCCCCGUUUCAUUUUUUUUCGCCUUCAUUAGCCACCAGGAAUAAAUAUUUGGUUUGGUCUUACAUGACACCCGAAGGACUUGAAGCGCAUUCUGCGUAAUUGGCAUUUACCACUAGUAUUGGCUAUUUUCAGAUACGUUCUUCGUGUCAUCAUAUGGAACACCAAAGACGUUAUUUUGGAGGAGACCUCAAUCACUGGCGAGAAAAUGAGUGACAUCUUCGUGAAGGGGUAAGAGAGAGGAAGCGAUUGAUAAAAUUAUCGUUAGAUUUCUAAAAAGUUUUUAUUUCCUGCUUCAUUGAGAAGUAAAGCAAAGAGAUGUAACACAUAAGGCCAGUUGCUAAUGUUCACUGCCAUGCGACAAAGGCGUUUAAGCUCCUUAUCGGUGUACCUAUGAACUUAUAACACUUACGAGUACAAAAAAAAUACAAAAGAACAAAAACACUUAAGUCAAGAAAACAAAAAAGUAGUGACAAGAUAAGGAAAAACUUAACAGGUUCUUAUUGCGAGAUAAACUCAACAUCAUAGUAGCUUAGUUGACUUGAUCAUGAAAAAUAUCCACGAGUGAUUAUUAAUAAGUUUUUGUUUCGAUAUUAGCUGGAUUGAUGGAAUUGAUGAUUCACAGGAAACUGACGUUCACUACAGGUUAGAAAUGAUAGAGCCACAUUGAUUAUCGAUAAUUUUAAAAUAACGUUUACUAAGAGCUGAAGUAAUAGAAGUGACACAGAGUCUCAGAGAAUGAAAUAAAGUUCCUGAUCAGACUUCUGGUGCCUUCCGUUUGUGCACGUGAUUUUCGAGCAUCAAACUUUCCAAACAAAGUACCAAAAUUAUUUUUGAGAAAACUCACUAAUUUUUUUCGCAGAUCCAUGGACGGGGAAGGAAACUUCAACUGGAGAUUUGUUUUUCCUUUCUCUUAUAUUCCAGCAGAAAAGAAACUAGUGAUUAAAGAAAAGGCAAGAGAAUGUAAAAUCCAUUAUCUCUUCAGAAAGGUUAUUUCUGUAAUCGUUCUUCACGAUGCGGUCACUUCAGAUAUGGAUCGCGACGUUUCGACUGCAUUCCGCUUGUCUUCUUCAGGCGAUGUGAAUGAUUGAGUACGAGCCACCUAUAUUUCGUUGCGCUCGGCUGUGAUUAGAUGGAACUCCACGGCUUUAAUCAAGAUGCACUAAUCGGAGCCGUGGAAUUGUUCGUAGCGUCCUUUUUUAAGUCAUACCUGAAAUUAGUUGAAUCUACAAUGAAACAGGCUAUGAGAGAUAUUUGGGGAGGGGAUCUUGCGAUCUCGAAAUUUUUGAGGAGGGGCUCGGCUUUGAAAUGCUAUCUUUGGUUUGAUACAUGAAACACUAACUAAACGUAGUCUUUUCUGGAAUGAUCUAUACUGAAUAUGAACCAGCGUUACCUUAAAAGUCACAUUUGGCUUAGGAAAUGACAUGAAAAUGUAUCUCAACAUCAUAGGAACAUUUCUGGAGUCUGGACGAGUCGGUAGAGAAACUUGUACCUCGCUUGAUGCUCCAAAUAUGGGACAAUGACUUAGGAUUUGCAAAUGACGAUUUUUUGGGUUAGUAAAUCUUGUUUGGAUCAUUAUCUCUGCCCCUCUUUCUAAAGCAGUUUUUUGGCAGUCAAUUGGAAGGCUAAGCAGGAAAAGAUAUUGGAGAGUAAGGUAUUUUAACCCAUCAAAACAGCACGUCUGUUAUAAUUUGAACCCCAUAUAUGGGGUAGGUCUGAAGUCUUUCACCGUGGGGUACUCUUUAUCUGAAGAAAAUUGUAAAAACGUAUAGCUGCAGAAACCAUAAAAAUAUGUUCAGCCGAGCGACGAAGUGUUCUUCUUUUUAUUUGCUUUGGUUUACUCAUAAUAAAUGAAAUAAUGAUGAUAACGAUAAUGAUUGUGACGAUAACAACAACAACAAUAAUAAUAAUAAUAAUAAUAACAUCAACAUUUUAGGCUUGCGUUUGUUUUGAGACCCUUUUUAAGUAUUUGUUAAAGGUUGUACAAUUGAAAGCCAGUUAAGAUUUUGAAUCACUGUCAAUUCUUUUAGUGUCGAAUCUCAGUUACGCUUUGCGCCCCAUGUGGUUACACUAAUGCAUGAGACACUUUUGAUCAUAAACAAAAUUCGGUAAGAGGGCUCAUGGAACAUGCCGUAUAUGGUUCAUGGGACUGAAGGAGCAGUUUUGUUGUUUUUUCAACACUGCAGGUUCUCUACAGCUCGACCUGACAUCUCUUCUCAAACCGGCGACUACUGCUCGCUCUUGUAAGCUACCAGGAGACUCGGAACCAUCACCCAAACUGGACUUGUUUAAGCAAAAACGUUGCUAUGGCUGGUGGGCUACAAGCUCUAUGAAGACGGGAUCAAUGAAAAGCACGGUACAUUGUACCUGUUUACUAACUUGUAUACAUUAAUUGCUCAAGAUAAACUGUGUAAUGCCUCAGUGUAAGAUGGGCCUAGUAUUCAUUCCACUGAGUGAGAGGGAACUUGCAUCGUUCAUUUGUUUGUAUUUAUAAUUCUGAUGAAGUCUUGCUGUGAUCCGAACGAUAAAACAAAAAGAAACACCUGCACUCAUUAGAUGCUUGAUUUUUUGUACCUCGUGUCAAAGAUUUUCACCGCCCCGAAGAAAAAGCCGUGAGCUGGUUCGUUUAGGCACGAUCCGAAAGAAACGUAAUUAAAUAUUUUCUUUACUUUCCAGGGCAAACUUGAGAUGACUUUGGAAAUAAUGAAAAGAGCAGAGGCAGAGGCUAAACCGGCAGGACUGGGGCGAGACGAACCAAACAAGAAUCCGCCAUUAGAGGAACCGAAGUAGGUUGCAACCCGUUAUUACUCAAAUGUGGGAAAAGUUUUUUUUUCGUGGAAAUUGUGUUGACAGGAGUCACACGUACCGUACUUCCAAACUUGUUGUUAGGUACAACAAUUUAUGAAAACUCACACUGCGUAACUGAACUGCGUCAGAUCACCUUUGAAAACGAAAUCAUUUUUGUUUCAUUCCUCCACAGCCGCCCUCCGACCUCGUUUCCAUGGUUUACGUCACCACUCAAAGCUCUCCGCCAUAUAAUCUGGGGCAGAUACAAGUGGCACAUUCUCGGCUUUCUGUUAUUCCUUCUUGUCGUGUCUCUCAUAGCGUUCUUCAUUUACGCAGCCCCGGUAAGUGUCACGUGUCAAAUCGCUCAGUCAUCUAAUUACUGUAUAUUUAAAAUCCAUGGUGACAACCCUCUCGCGUUCCAGUCCCAAACAUUUUGGGGAUUCUCCCCUUACAUCCAUUCGUUUUAACCCUUCACACCCAAACAUCAGGAUCUAUAUUCUCCACACAUUUCCUCAGAAUUUGUUUUACAAUUAAGAGCUUCUUUUGUUAGUAAUCAUUUCCUGAUAUUUUCGUUGCCUCAAUGUAUGAUUCAGGGGUGACAUUGUGGAGAUAAAUUAUAUACUAGUCACUCUUGGCAGUCAAAAGGUGAACAAAGGCCGAUUUUGAACUGAUUGGGUUAGCUUGAUCUUUACUGUAUGCCUGUGAGACGUUUAACUCCGAUUUUGUUGGUUGUAUCAAUCAUAAUGACGAAGAAGCACUCUUCGAGAGUUUAAGUGUUUCCGCACCGUCACCAUGUUUUAAAACAAAACUAACACAUAUAUGUUUCACCUUUUAGGGAUACACCAUGAAGAAAAUGCUAAAUGCGUAA